UGAAGCGAACAGUCGAAGAGAUUGAGGAUCGAAAACUCCGUCUAAUGGAACAAUGCACUGCUCAUAAGGAGGAGAACAUGAGAAUUUCACAAUGUCUACAGGAAUUUCUCGAGAAAUAUGCAAAUCUACGAUCAUGGUUGAGCAGUAUUGUCGAAUCAUUUCUACGUGGUCAUCAGGAUAUGGGCAGUGAUUUACGAAUGGCAACGGAUUUUUAUCAAUUACACUGUCAAUUGUUGAAUGACUUGGAGAAAAAAAGUUUCGAAGUACAAAUGAUCGAUUGUAAUGUGAUGCAAAAUGAUGUGUUUCCAAAUUUAGAUUCAAUUGUUCAACGUGAUAUUGACGAGAAAAUGGAGGCUCUUCGUAAUUCUUGGAUUCUAUCAAAGAAAGCACUCGAGGCACGCGUACGAUUAGGUUCAUUGUAUGUUGAUUUUCAUCAGGCAGCUACGAAUUUAGACGAUGAACUCAAUUUGUUUGAAAUUGAUCUCAAGAAUAAUGCGGAGAAUUUGAAUCAAGGGAAAAUUGAUCAACUUGAGGAGCGUUGGAGAAAUUUGCAACCGUAUUAUUUACGUUUGACUGCAACUGGAAAAGCAUUUUUGGAUGAAGGGGAAAAAAUCACUGAUUCUUAUCUCGAUGUGCCUAGAGCUUGUCUUUGUGUUGAAACAACUUUGGAACGAUUUUCAACUCGGCAAUUUACGAUUACAAAGACCUGGGAGAAUUGGCAGACGACAAUUUCGAUUUUGAAGGAGAGACGUGUUGAGAAGGAGAAACGAUUGGAGGAAAGUACAAAGACUUUGGAGUGGGUUUCGAAAUUUAGAGAGCAACUGUAUCCAGUGAUCACUUCCGAAUCGACAGAACCUGCGAUUAUUCUUCACGAUUUAUCGAGUUCUCGAUCACGUCUUCUUCCUGAAUUGAAUAAAGCUGUCUCGGAAUUAGAUGGAAGAAUCAAAGGGAUUGAUGUUUUUGAACGUGUUUCAGAGCAAUUACGAUCAACUGCCGUUGAUUAUCAGACCCUCUUGGAAUCACUGAUCUCAGUUUUCGAGAAUCUCUCGGAGAUUGAACGCAAGACUGAUCAGCAAAUCCGAAAUCAAGACAUUUCCCAUCUCACUUAUCAGCCAAAGGAAGCUGUUCGUGAAGUGAAGAAUAAAAUGGAACGUCAUGAAAUUGAAUCAAAAUCAAUAACCGAAGCUAUAACGAGAGUUGAAUCAGAAAUUGAGAAUGUGAUCCUGCGAAUUGAGAGACAAGAGCCAGCUGAUGCGGCUAGACAGGAUAUUCAAAAACUGAAACAAGCCUCUCAUCAUAUCACUUCCGCCUGGAAAUCCUCCUGGUCCACUGUGAAAUCAUCUCUGGUCAAGGAUCUUCAAGUAUCGACGCUCAGAGAAGAACUCGAAAAAAUCGACAAAGAAUUGAACGAUCUCUUUGAUCAAUUGAAAAUCAUCAAUGGCAAUUUGGGAGAAAAUUUACCAUCAGCAAUAAAAGCGUCGGAAAAUUUUGUUCAAUUCGAAAAAACCCUAAUGAGUAUGGAAGCUAAAGUUGAAUGCUUCAUUGAGUCAAUCGAGAGAAAUAUGCCAAAAUAUUCAUCGAUAAUUCAACACGAAUUAUCAUCUUUGGGAGAAAAAAUGCAAAAUUUAAAAACACAAACGGAUGAUAUCAGAAAUUGCAAGAAUUUAAGUAGAGAAUAUUUUGAAUUACUGGAAGAGACCAAGGACUGGUUUAAGGAAGGUAGCAAACUGUUGAUAAUUAUUGCCAGAAAAUCAUCAUCAGUCAAGUAUCCACAAGAAGCAGUAGAUAUUUUGGACGACAUUGAUAAAUUUCUAAAACCUGGCGAAGACAAACAGGAGAAGCGAAUUGAACGUAUUCGAGAAUUGUCGACUAAAAUUUUUGGAACGGACAGGUUACCACAAUUUAACGAAUUGGUGAUUGAGAAUCGCAAAGUUCUCGACACGUUUGCAAUAGUAUCGUCCGAAUUACGAACUCUGGUGGAAAAUUUAAAGAAAGGGGAAUAUCUUCGCGUGAAAAUGGAACAGGACGAGGUUGAUGCCAAAUUAGAGGAAGCAAAUAAGGAAACGAUUCAAGUUAACGCCUCUGAAGUUGAAAGCACACGAAAAAUAAUCGAAGCACCGAAAGAAACUAUUUUGCCAAAAAUCCAAAUCGAUAGCGAACGACAUCAACAAACCGCUCAAACAGAAACGACAAAUAUAAUCGACGAACGACUAAUUAAAGAAACUAUUCUCAAAGAAACAUCAGCCAUCACAACAAAGGAAAUUCAUAUCCUUCAAAAGACUGAAUUUGAGAAGACAAUGGAACCAAUAGUACAAGUUGAUGGAGAAAAUGAACAAAUUGAAUUAAAGAAGGAAUUUUCACAACUUUUGGAAAUUCCACGAUUCACUGUAAAAUUGGAUAAUGCAAUAAUACAGGAGGGUGAGCAGUAUGUAUUUAAAUGUCACGUGGUGGGCAUACCGGAACCGGAAAUUUGUUGGCAUAAAGAUGGAAUGUCGAUAAUCAAUAAUCCUGAUUAUUUGACUGAUUACAAUCAGGGGACUUGUACACUAACUAUUGAAGAAACAUUCACUGAGGAUUCGGCUAAAUUCACCUGUAAAGCUACCAAUGAAGCUGGAUCAGCUGAGACUGAAGCUAUAUUGACUGUGAAAGAAACUGCAGCCGAAGAUCUUCCAAGAGCUCCGAAUUUCAUAAAAGAACUUCAAUCAUCAAUAACAACUGAAGGAUCUGCCUACGAGUUGAAUUGUAAAGUAGACGGAAAUCCAUUGCCAACCGUUCUCUGGUACAAGAACGAAACUAAUAUUGAUAAUUCACCGGACUACAUCAUCACGUACAAUAAUGGCGAGGGAAUAUUGAAAUUUGAGCAAAUAUUCAUGGAAGAUCAGGCUAAGUACACUUGUAAGGCGACAAAUCGUUUGGGUGAUGCUUCCACUUCCUGUUUCUUGACCAUUCAACCACGAGUGGAGAAAAUGGAAGAAACACAAAAACCGGAAAUCACUCUUGCUCCGGUGGAUGUAGAAGCAAAAAGUGGAGAGAAGAUACAAUUGGAUUGCGAGGCAACUGGAAAACCGGUGCCGGACUUCAAGUGGAUGAUUGAUGGAAGACCAGUCGAAGAGACUAGUGAUCUGAAGAUCGACACGAAUGGAGGGAGAUCGAGUCUCAGCAUUGCCCAAGUAUUACCAAAAGACACCGGAAGUUAUUCAGUGAUUGUGAAAAAUUCCUCUGGUGAAAUUACUGCUAAUUGUAAAAUUUCUGUGAAAACACCACAAAUACCAGUGAAUGAUACAAAUAGUUCGGGCGCAUUAUUUACUGAUAUGGAGCCAAUGGUGCCCAGUAUUCAACUUCCGCUCAAGGAUGUUCAAAUCAAGGAGGGAGAGAGUGCUCGAUUGGAUUGUAUUAUUGUUGGACAUCCUGAACCCGAGGUCAUUUGGUACCACGAUGAUCGGCCUGUGAAGGAAUCAGCCGACUUUCAAUUACUCUUCCAAGGAGACAGGUGCUCAUUGGUCAUCCACGAGGCUUUUUUGGAUGAUUCAGGUCUCUACAAAGUUGUCGCCAUCAAUUCCAGCGGCGAGGCUUCCAGUGAUUGCUCACUGUCAAUUUCACCGAGAGAAUCGAAACAAAAAUCCGAAUCACCACCUGUAUUCGUCAAAUUGCUGACUGAUCUACUAGUGGCUGAAGGUGAAGAAUCAGUCUUCGAGUGCUUAAUAACCGGCGAACCGAAACCGGAAAUCAAAUGGUACCUGAAUGGAGAUGAAAUUGUUGAAAACGAAAGGAUCAAGAUCACACAAGAGGAGAAUGGUACGCACGUUCUGCGGAUAUCGUCCACUCUUCCGAAUGAUAAGGGAAAUUAUACUGCCAAGGCAACGAAUCAUCUUGGUGAAGCAAAGGCAUUUGCUCGGCUAGUGGUUCGAGUUCUUGGGGAUUUUCAAAAGAAGGACGAGUUUGUUCGAAUGGAGGAAAAAUUAUUGGAACCGUCGUUCAAGGAGCGAUUUGAAAAUAAAAGCGUCAUGGAAGGUGUACCUGUUAAAUUCGAAUGCAUCGUGUCUGGAAAGCCUGUUCCCAAGAUUCAGUGGCUAUUCAAUAAUCGACCAGUGCAUGGCAAGGAUUUUUUGGUAUCAGUCAGUGGAGAACGUCAGGUGUUAAGCAUUCCACAAGCAGCGGAAACUCACAGUGGUAUUAUUUCCUGUGUUGCUGAGAACGCGACAGGAAAAGCUAUUUGCAGCGCACAACUAGAUGUUGGCGUAGGGGUGAAAGAGGAGGGAUUCGAAAUUUUCCAAGUGCCUAUCAACGAGAUGCAGGCCUCAAGCAGUAGCGAGAAGCACUUUACGACAGAGAGAACCUCUGGCGAGGGUGGCUCUGAAAGUCAAACAAUGACAAAAAUGUCCUCCACCUUCACGGAAUCUUCAUCGAGUCAUAGUUCCUCGAAAAAUGAAUACAUUUCAUCAACCUGUUCAUCGACAUUGGGCUCAACUGGUCAUCAACCUUCCAAUUAUUGUGUAAAACAAACAUCACAAUGCUCCGAACAUUCUUCAUCACAAAAUGGUGCUCCUCCAGUUGUCCAGUGUCACAAGAUUCAGGAAUAUGAGAAGAUAUUUCAAGACAAACCUGGUGAAGUUAAACAGGACAGGACAGUGAUUAUCACAGAGGAUACGGAAAUAACGAAACAUGUGUGUAAACCCUGUAGAAAGCAGACGGCACCUCGGUUCGUAUCGCCAGUCACGGGAAUGAUUGUUGAUCAAGCUACUGAUGUUGUUCUCGAAGGAAUUGUGGAUGGAUUUCCACAACCGACCGUCACUUGGGCGAAGAAUAAUCAGGAGUUGAGGACCAAGGAUGGUGUCAAGAUGACCUAUCAGCAAAAUCACGCUCGACUGGAGUUGAAGAACGUGAACGUUAAAGAUGCAGGACGCUAUACGUGCACCGCCGUCAAUAGUGUGGGAAAUGCCAGCAGCACCGCAGAUCUAGUCGUUAAAAAAACCAUCUUUCCACCUGUUUUCGGACGACGUCUUCAGGCGCAGGUAGUGAAACACGGCGAUCGAGUGAUAAUGGAAGUGGAAAUUACAGGAACUCCUGAACCAACAGUGAGAUGGUACAAAGAUGAUGUUCCGUUACGUGAAAGACCGCCGGAAAUUAGAAUGAAAACGCAAGGGAAUUGUUAUUUGUUACUGAUCGAUAAAGCGGACAAAUCUCAUGCUGGAAAGUACAUGGUCCACGCAACGAAUUGCGGAGGAGAGGCUCAAAGUAUCGCCGACUUUGCCGUCUUCGAACCAACACCCGACACAAUGGUUGAAGUUCACAAAACUCUCGUCUAUGAGAACAUGCAGGACAAGGAUAUUCUCAAGCCGGAUGAGAAGAAGGCAAAAAUACCAUCGGGGAAUAUGACAACUCAGCAUAUAACAACAACGAUGAUUCAACCGAGUGCGGCAUUGAAGACUCCCAUUCCUCCCACUUCAUCCUGCUCGUCCAUUCGAACGAUUCAAUCAGAAACUGAUACUAAAGCAUCACGUUCUGAAACCAUAUUAUCCACAAUUGAAUCACAUCGCAGUGAAACUAAAUCUGAACAAAAAUUCCACAUGAAACUCGAACACAAAGCGGCACCAUUGUUUCCAACUGAAACCGGUGAUUUGGAAUACGCAAAACCGUCCAAAGACAAGAAGACAACGAUCGAAACUCAAAGGGAGGAAAUGACAUCCGAUGGGAAAAAAAUAGAGAGGGAAGUGAAAACUUAUGGUGAGGAGGAGACUUUGAACGAAAAUGUUGAAACGUCAACAGUAGCGAAGAAAGAUGCUCUCAACUUUUUUGAAGCAAUGUCUAAGGGUAGCGACAAUAUUCCCAAAGGUCCGAAAGAUAUGAUCAAACUGACAGAAACAGAAGUUGGCAAAGGUCCAGGUUCUGACGUUCAAGUUGGAAAGUUGACCAAAAAUUACGAGCGCACUACAAAGUUUGAGGAAGCUGUAAAGGAACCACCAAAACCCGAUUUCAAACAAUCAAAGAAAGCGGUUCAGGAUAUCUUCUCGAAAUUCGAGUCCGGAUCCUCUUCCCGCGGUAUUGCGAACAAUCUGAUCGAAUUCCCCUACGAAGGUUACAAACUACCACCACUCGAAAUCAAGAGAACCAUUCUCGAAGACGUCACCGCUUCCGGUUCUCCAAUCCACGGCACCCUCACCAUCUCCAAACUAGAAGCACAAUCCGAAAGUGCCGAAGCUAUGCUCAAGGGUUUCAAUCUAGUCCCCGAACCUCCACCCGAAAUUGGCUACGCACCCGCCGAGGGAGCGAAAAAAAAACUUCCUGACGUCUCCAUCAAGGCAAAACAACUCCAAGAGUCAUUUGACAAAAGCCUAUCUCCAAUCGACGCUCCAAUUGGUGGCGUAAAAAUGUUCCCCUCUUCCAAACCCGAACAGAGGACCUUCACUCGUCCGGCAACGACACCCGAGAAACUGUCAAUUCCACCGCCCUUCGAUCUGAACAAGAAGGAAGUAAUCGAGGAAACUUGCAUCAAGAAAGACGUUCAUGAGCACAAGACGUCGGGUUCGUCCGAAUAUUCGUGCUCCAUGACUUCCAUGCGACGAUCAACAUCGCCUAGACCCUCAACAGAAGCCAUAAAAAUGGAAAAAUCCUGGGCUCACAAAUCUGAAAACCGUCCACCGCCCAGGGAGACAACUCGAACCGUUACCGAUCACCAAGAAUGGAAAGAACCUGCUGACGAUUUCAAACUAUCCACCAAGGAAAGCACCAAGGAGGUCGAAGUUACUCCAGCCGGUCGGUGCGCUACCACCAGCAUCGAGUCCACAACCUCCCUAGAGAAGCAAUCGUGGUCCUCCCAAGAGAACCGCCUCAUGGAGAAGAAAAUCGAAACCCCAAAACCCGAACCCAUCAUCUACAAAGCCGAGACAACGAAGGUCGAUCACACCAUCAGUACCGUUCAAGAAAAAUCCGUUAUCGAAAAAUACUCCUCCGAAUGCGACGUCCACAAAACCCACACCACCGAAAAGAUCCUAGAGUCCAUCGAGCGUUCCACGAAACCCUGUCCCGCCUCCUCAGACCUCAAGGCCCCGUCCCUAGUCAAGAACAUCGAAUCCAAAAAACCCACCGUACAACUCUACCACCAGGACUCAAUUCUAAAACCAGGCCCCCCACCCGAAAUUGGCUACAUUCCGGGUCCAAUGACCCGCGAGAAGAAGAUCGAAAAAAUCGAAAAGACACUAGAAAUGUCCCUCGAGCACCAACCGGCGAAAAUCCCCCCCGGAGGCGUUAGAAUCACUCCCCCCUUCCGAAAAACUCCACCACCGAUACCAAAUAAACAACCAUCCCCAGCGAAAACUUGCUGCACUCCCACAAAGUUCAUCAAAACUUCCUUCUACAGCGAAAGCGAGUACGAAUCCGACCUCGACGGUACCCUCCGAUCCAAAUGGCGACCCUACGAAAGCGACAGUGAAGAACCCCGGUACCGACGAGUCACAGCCCCGAUUCCCAAACAACCCCGACCGAAAUCAACCGAACCCGAACCGCUACCACCAUCACGGUUCGAAAUCCCCUCGGCGGACCUGACCUCCCCUUCUAGACCCGCAAUCAGUGACUAUCAAGAAAAGUCCACCAAGCGAACGAUGACCAGACAGGAACGGGACUUCAAACAACAACAGCAGAAAUUCGGUCAAACUACAACUCAACCAGCGACUCUACCAAAACCUGGAUCACCGCCAAUUUAUGUUCAUCCAACGAGCACUCCUAUUCGUUCGGCGAUGAAACUGACAAAACCGGAGUCACCAAAGUUCAAAACGAAAAUGUUUCAGCAAGAGAGUGGCUACAUGGCUGAUACGGAUGAGCCAUUCCAGUAUUUGCAGCAGCAGCAAAAAAUCACGAGUACUACUGGUCCGGGACUGAAGGGUUUCACGAAACAUGAAGAAUCGUCGAUGACAUCUGAAUCGCGUUCAUGCUUCUCUGAAUCGCGUUCGAGUUUCAUGGAGAGUAAAAAUUAUUUGAGUUCACAAAAUAUGGAUUCGACGAAAACUUGUCCUUUCUCACAAAACCUUCCUACAAAUCAAGUUCAGCGAUCGUCUUAUAUUGAAAAAUCUAGUGCAUCGUCCACAAUGCCUACAAAGGACACAUUUCAUUCCGUCAGUCACAGUGAGCAGUGGAAGUCUCAACCGUCUCCAAGUCCUUCCAAAUUCGUUAGAGGCGAAUUUCGCGAGAGUGACUAUGAGAGUGAUUUCGACAGUCGAAAAUCAUCACUGUGGAAAUCACAAGGUUCUGCCACAAUUGAUCGCACUCACAAAUCAGUAAAGUCAAAUUUGACCAGCACAGGCAAACCACGACCAGCAUCCUGGGCAGAACCAACAUUGCCGAGUCCGACUCCACCUGUGAUAAUCGAAUCAACAAAAGAGAACAUAAAAAAGGACGAAAAGUCCAAAGUGAAAACGGUUCUUCUUCCUGGUUCACCACCUGAGCUCGCUUACGCUCCACCAACCGAAUCGCGACAAACAUUCUACGAGGGUAGAACUGGUGCUCCAUUCCAUAAUGCCGUUGGUACCGAACUGAAGAAAACCGUAAGAAUGGAUGAAUCCACUGAGAACACCAGGAGAAUUCUCACAGUCGAACAAACUAGUCGUGUCAUCAAAUUCGGCGACACUCAAACAAACAAAACCUACGAAUCGUCCACGAAUCAACAGCACAGUAAUAAGAAUUCCUUCAAUGUUCCGGUACCAAGGAAAUUCGUUCAAGGCCAGUUUCGUGAGUCGGACUACGAGAGUGAUAUCGACGCUGGUAAAAUAAGACCGAAAUGGACGCCAGCCGACAGUGACACUGAAGAGCCCAGAUAUCGAAAAGUCCAACCGCCCCGAGCCAGCCGACCAAGAUCAAUUGGUCCCAUUCAAUCGUCAACGCCGAUCAUCACCUGGCCAAGUGAAUCGGAGAACGAGCGCUCCGAGAGUGAAAUGAGAUCGUCAAUGAUGAGCAGUCAAAGGUUGAACGAGCUUAAACCAGGAUCGCCACCGGAAUUUGGCUACUCGUCCGGUCAGGAGCUGAGGCAAACCGCAAAUCACGUAGCGUCGAAGCACAUGAGCGACAUGACCAGCAGUUUCAAGACGAAAACGGAGAAGUUCGUUCAUGACAUCCAAUCCGAUCUGAAGAAACGAAGCAAACCUAUUUUGAAGCAUCCUGCUGAUGGCGCUGUCACCGAUGGGGAUGAUGAUCCACGCACCUAUAGGGAGGAGAAGAGACUCUCGCAAUAUGGAACAAAACAUAUCGACCCGGACACUGGAUUGAUAUACUUCAAAUAUGAUUUUGGAUACGAAUUUGGAAUUGUGAUACCUGGCGAGGGUAAGAAAACUGUCUCGAGCCAAAGUAAAAGUGUCCAAGGUCAACGUCGUGCCAGUGACAUUGAUGUACCAAUUGUUCACGAAUUCACCACAAGAAAGGAGAAUGGUUUCGCAAAAUCAACUCCUUCAUCCACAUGGAAUAAUAAUAAUAAUAAUAAUCACGGACGUCAAGGGAAUUUUAAACAAGAUCGAUUUGCACCAACAAAAACAGUGAAAUGGGAACCAACAUCUGAGAGUGAAUUUUCAGAGGCUGAGGAUAUGAGAUGUAGUAAAAAACGCGGUGGUGGUAAUCUUGCACCACCGAGUAUCUUUAUUCCAGCGUCACCAUCGCCAAGAUGGGAUCCAAGAACGCCGAGUCCCAUUUCAUUGAGUCCGAGUCUACCGAGUUUGAGUCCACGACACAGCAGCGCGUGUACUGGACCACCAAGUAACGUGGAUUCUGCAGGAUCUCCCUGGCCCUGUACAAAUGGAAUUUCAGGUAGUAAGGAAGUGAUACAACCUUAUCUCGAACCACAACCAAAGAAAGCUCCUCUUUUUAUCACGCCUUUAAGGGAUAUUGCUGUUGUUAGUGGACAAUCCGCACGUUUUGAGUGCAUUGUACAAGCAGAGCCACAACCAAAUAUUUUAUGGUCGAAAAAUGGUAGAAUUGUGGAAAAUUCCGCGAAAUAUGAAAUUUACUAUAGAAAUGGAGUUUGUCGACUUACAUUAGCCCGCGCAUUACCAGAUGACGCUGGUUCGUACAUGUGCACGGCAACAAAUAAUCUCGGCUCAGCAGGAACUUCAUCAACAUUGCAGGUGCCAGGAAUAUAUUUGCCUCCGCUGCAAAUUAAUGAGCAUUCCUCAAGAUAUGUUACAUUAAAGGAUCUCUUUCUAUCACCGAAACAACAAAUAAAUUUUCCAUCAUUCAAUCAGGAUGAAAUUCCAGAAUUGAAAGAUCUCAGUCUUUGGAAUCGUAAGAUAAGUUGCGGCAAUUCGUUCUACGAGGAUGGCUCUCAAAAUGAAUUUUAUUUGAUGACACGCGAAAAUAAAGUAGCAAAAAAAUUGGAUUAUUCAGACAUGGAUACAACAAGCAAUCACUAUGCAAAUAUUUCUAAAGCGAAUAACAUUCAUUUGCAAAUUGCUGAUUACGAGAAAACUGAUCAAAUUGUUCAUCCUGAUGACGUACAAGGGGAGGUAAUGAUGCAAACUUCGCCCACGAUACCAGCAUUUACGGGCAGACCAGGUGAUCCAUCGCCACCAGUUUUUCAGCAAAUCUUUAAGAAUGCCAGGUUCGCACAAGGUGGUAAUGCCGUAUUCGAAGGACGAGUUAGUGGUAAUCCGAAACCCUCCGUCUCCUGGACCCAUAAGGGCGUACCUCUUUUGGAAUCACAAAAAAUUCGGAUGACCUACGAUAGCAAGACUGGAAUUGUUAAACUUCAAAUUAAUCAAAUUGGACCAGGAGAUGAGGGAGAAUACACGUGUAAUGCGAAAAAUCAAUAUGGCGAAGCCAUUUGUUCCGUUCACAUACAACCCGAAGGUUUUGGACCACCACCCCAACAGCAAGUGGGUGGUUUCAAAAAGGAAUAUUCACAUUCCUUUCAAUCGACUGAACAAAAAUCCGGAAGCCAAAGCUUUCAACAACGCAGUUAUCAACAAUAUGUUGAUAGUCAAAAUUAUACAAAUGGAACAAAUAAUAUGUCUAUUGAAGACUUCAAGGUUGACACUUUCGAAUAUAGAGUGAUGAGAGAAAAGGAAUUUAGAGAAUCAAUUACUCGACGCCAUGUGGGAGAAUCAGAUGUUCAAAUGUCUCAGAUCGUUGAACGUAAUUUAGGUCCCGAAUCAAAUCCACAAUUUACACAAAAGCCAAGAAAUUCGAAACUUGUUGAAGGAUCUGAUGCUUCAUUCACUGCUAAAAUAUCCGGCAAUCCAAAACCUAGAUUGACCUGGUUCAAAAAUGGCCAAAGGAUCCGCGAUUCACAGCGACUUGAGACAAAUUAUUCAAAUCAAACAGCAACAUUGAGGAUUCGAUCAGCACGCACCGAUGACACUGGACAUUAUUCACUAUUAGCGGAAAAUCCCAACGGCUGUAUAAUGAGUUCAGCAUAUCUUGCCAUUGAAUCAAGUGAUCAAGUUGACCAUGUUCCAAGUCAACAAUCGCGUGACGUUCUCCGACAGACAUCGCAAGUUGAAAGUUUCACUCAAGAAUCGAGUGAAUCGGGAAAGGUUCUUGCACCAAAUUUCAUUCGAACAUGUGCCGAUCGUGAUGUGACUGAGGGUAAAAUGACGAGAUUUGAAUCACGAGUUACUGGUCGUCCAUAUCCAGAUGUCACGUGGUACAUUAAUGGCUAUCCAGUUGCAAAUGAUGCGACACACAAAAUAUUGGUGAAUGAAUCGGGUAAUAAUGCUCUGAUGAUCACAAAUGUCAGUAGAUCUGAUUCCGGUAUUGUCACUUGCGUUGCGAAAAAUAAAGCCGGCGAAACAUCGUUCCAGUGUAAUUUGAAUGUGAUUGAAAAGGAACAAGUGGUUGCGCCUAAAUUUGUUGAACGAUUCACGACCACUAAUGUUAAGGAAGGAGAACCAGUUGUCUUCACGGCUAGAGCAGUUGGUACACCAACACCACGAAUCUCAUGGCAGAAGGACGGCGUACCGAUAGCGCCCGGCCCCGACGUGCGCAUAUCGACGGACGGCAGUGGAGCCUCGACUCUAGACAUCCCUCGAGCAAAGUUCUCUGAUGCGGCAUGGUACCAGUGCACGGCACAGAACGUGGCUGGCUCCACCGCCACCCGAGCCAGACUUUUCGUCGAAACACCUAAAGGAUCGAUCCCUGAACCAAGACGCCUGAAUUUACCUCGACCGACGAAAGUCAUCGAACCUGAACCUGCACCUGGCCCCGAAGUGAUUUACCUGAAACAUGUCGAACGCGCCAAACCAUAUUUACCCCCAUCGGAAGAAGAUAGAAUUUACCCACCUCCCAGAUUCAUCAUACCAUUGAGGGAUCUUCAUCAAAUCGAAGGAGGACGAAUUCACUUCGAGGCCAGAAUCGAACCGGUGGGCGAUCCAACCAUGAGGGUGGAGUGGUACGUCAAUGGCAGAGCUUUAGUCGCAAGCUCACGAGCGACUUUCAUUUUCCAAUUCGGAUUCAUCGCCAUGGACCUAAUUUCCGUUGGACAGCAGGACAGCGGCGAGUACCUUUGUCGUGUUGUCAGCUCCACUGGAGUCGCUGAAUCUCGUGCCACCCUCGGCGUAACACCCCGCGCCGCAAUUGAACAGACAAGUCAACAUCCCGACAGUCUUCGUUAUAUUCAACAACUUGAGGAUUACAGCAAGUACCAAAGACAGGAGAGCGUUGAUGAGUCCUCUUCACAGCGACCAGUCUUCAUCCGUCCACUCCAGGAUCUCGGUGAACUUCAGGAGGGACGCAAUGCUCAUUUCGAAGCGCAGCUAACUCCUGUAAGUGAUCCAACGAUGAAAGUGGAGUGGUACAAGGAUGGAAGACCCAUUACAGCUAGUUCUAGAAUCACAACCAUCUUCAAUUUCGGUUACGUCUCACUGAAUAUUUUGCACCUACGAGCUGAAGAUGCUGGUUCUUACACAGUUCGAGCUGUUAAUCGCUUGGGAGAGGCCAUCAGCUCUGCGAAUCUUCGUGUCUUUGCACGUACGAGCGUGACGACUGAUUUGGGAAUUCCCGAACAGCAGAAAUAUAUCGAAGCUGCCGAGGAGUUGGAGGCUUAUCAACACGCCAUGCAACAGAAAUAUGUUCAACAUCAACCGGAACCAACGAGCCCACCGGUAUUUAAGACUCCUAUCAAGGAUCAAAAUAAUAUUCGCGAAGGAGGUUUUGCUCACUUCGAAGCAAGACUCGAGCCAGUUGGUGACUCCGACCUGCGAGUCGAGUGGCUCAAGGAUGGACGUCCAGUUGAAGCUAGCUCAAGAAUCACAAGUUUCUUCAACUUUGGAUACGUUGCUUUGACAAUAAAGUCGGUGACGAUUUACGAUGUCGGAGUGUACACGUGCCGUGCCUACAACAGGGUUGGCGAAGCGCACACAACAGCCCAACUGAGUGUGAUCAGUAAAAAUGACAUCAUCUAUGACAGUCAACAUCCAAUGGGAUUACAAAAGAUUCAAAGUCUCGAGGAUUCUAGUCGUUAUACACGUCGUGUACAGGAGGAGACACAAAUAUCUCAAGCUCCCCGUUUCCUGGGACCACUAAAAGGAACAAAUAAAAUUGUCGAAGGCCAAAGAGCCCAUUUCGAGGCUCGCGUCGAGCCACAAAGUGAUCUAUCAAUGAAAAUCGAGUGGUACCACAAUGGCAAGCCAAUCACCGCUGCCAAUAGAAUUCAAACAUAUCAUGAUUUCGGCUACGUUGCCAUUGACAUUCUUCAGGUGCGUUCCGAGGACGCUGGAACUUAUACAGUUGUCGCGAGAAACUCUCUGGGUGAAGCUCAAUUGUCAGCUACAAUGGUGGUCGAAACCCGUUCGAAUAUCGACACCAGCAGCAUGCAUCACGGAGCCUACGAGAAGACCCAGAAGUUCGAGGAUUCAAAAUUCGUUGAACCGCACUAUCACAUCGAGGAGAUAUCAAAAUCAAAACCAAUUUUCGUCCAACCACUGAAUGAUCCAAAGCCAGUGAGUGAGGGAAAGAACAUCCAUCUUGAAUGUCGUUUGGAACCAAUGGGUGAUCCAACAAUGCGAGUCGAAUGGUUCCAAAAUGGAAGACCAGUGACUGUUGGUUCACGAUUCAGAACCUAUUACGAUUUCGGUUUCGUUGCUCUCGACAUUAUUCACGCGAGUGUUCUCGAUUCAGGUGAAUACACAGUACGUGCAACCAAUCAUCUCGGCACCGCUCAUACAUCAGCCUGCGUACGUGUUAUUGGUAAAUCCGACAUUCUCACCGAUUCACAAAAUGAACAUUCACUGGAGCAAAUACAAAUGCUGGAGGAUUCAUCGAAAUACAGAAGACAACAGCACGAGGAUGUGACUGUAAUGCAACCGCCACAAUUCACGAGAGCAUUGCACAAUAUCGAGACUGUUGAACUGACAAAUGUUCAUCUUGAAUGUCGAUUGCAACCAGUUGGCGAUGCAACAAUGAGAGUCGAUUGGUUCGUCAAUGGACGACCAGUCAUGACUGGUCAUCGCUUUAGACCGUCCUAUGAGUUUGACUAUGUUGCUCUCGAUAUUCUUGGUGUUUAUCCAGAAGAUUCUGGUGUCUACACUUGUCAGGCGAGCAAUCAACUUGGCGAAACUGUCACCUCAUGCUCGGUUCGUGUUCAUGCCAAGAAAGAUCUUCUCCUCGAGUCACAGCAUCCGGAAGGACUAGAGAGAAUUCAGUAUUUGGAGGAUGCGUCCAGAUACAAGAGAAAUGAACUCGUCGACGAGGUCGUCAAUGUCAAACCCAAAUUCAUCACCAAGCCAAAGAAUCAAGAAAAUCUCCGCGAGGGACAACAUGCUCAUUUUGAAUGUAAAUUGGAACCAGUCACCGAUUCUAAUCUUAAAGUAGAGUGGUUCAAAAAUGGACGUCCAGUUACAAUAGGACACCGUUUCCGUCCCAUUCAUGACUUUGGCUACGUGGCUCUGGACGUGAUUGAUCUGAUCGCAGAGGACAGUGGAACCUACACGUGUCGAGCUGUGAAUCUUGUUGGAAGUGAUGAAGUUAAUUGCGUGCUGAGUUGCAGAUCAACAGCUCAAAUUUUGACCAACACACAAAAUGAAAUGGGACUCGAGCAGAUUCACUAUUUGGAGGAUCGAUCAAAGUACCAACGUCGGGAAGAUGUUGAGGAAACAACGACUCAAGCUCCGAUCUUCACGACAUCGCUGAAUGACGUUGAGAUCAAGGAGGGACAACGAGCACACUUCGAGUGUCGAUUGAUUCCAGUCUCUGAUGCCACCAUGAAAGUGGAAUGGUUGCACAACAACACGCCAGUUAAGGCUGGUUCCCGAUUCAUUGAGACCAAUAGUUUUGGAUUCGUUGCUCUGGAUAUUAUGUACGCUUAUCCGGAAGAUGCUGGAACUUACACUUGCCGAGCCAGGAAUGCGAUUGGCGAGGCUAUGACGUCAGCGACCGCAAAUGUGCACUCUAAAAAAUCGAUCUACAUGGAGACGCAAAACGAAAACGCGCUUCAGCGACUGCGUCACUUGGAAGACACUUCCCGGUACCAGCGAAAAGCAGUGCAGGAGGAAAUUAUCUCGCAAGCACCAAUCUUUACCAUGCCAAUUAAGGAUCUUCGAGUUGCUGAAAAUCAAGCGGCUCACUUCGAGGCUCGUGUGAUUCCUGUCGGUGACUCUAAACUCAAAGUCGAAUGGUUGCGUAACGGAGUUCCCAUCCUAGCUUCAAACCGAAUAACAACAAUGCACGACUUUGGAUAUGUUGCUCUGAACAUGAAGUAUGUAACACCUGAAGAUGCUGGUACUUACAUUUGUCGAGCUGUCAAUGAUCUUGGAGAAGCUGUUACAUCAGCAACAAUGUUUGUCCAAUCAAAAGCAGCUCUGCAAUUUGAGUCCCAGCACGAAGGAAGCUUAUCGAAACUUCAAGCUUUGGAGGACACCAGCAAAUAUCAGCGUCGUGAAGAGGAGGAAGUGGUAGUUAAGGAAAAACCAACCUUCACUGUUCAAUUGAACGGACCUAAGAAUCUAGUUGAGGGUCAAAGUGCACACUACGAGUGUCGCAUUGAACCUUAUCCUGAUUCAAACAUGAAGGUCGAGUGGUUCCAUAACGGAAAACCCCUCUCCACUGGACACAGAUAUCGAACAGCGUGUGAUUUUGGUUUCGCUGCUUUGGAUGUUCUCUCAGUGUAUGCUGAAGAUUCUGGCACUUACACUUGUAAAGCAACCAACAAAUUGGGCACUGCUUCCAGUUCAAUUGAACUUGACGUUAAGUCUAAAGCUUCCAUCAUCCGUGAAACUCAACACGAGGGAGCUUUGAAGAAGAUCCAGUACUUGGAAGAUGAUUCCCGUUACAAGAAGGCUGAUCAGGAAGAUGUGGUUAUCGCUGAGAAGCCCAAAUUUGGAAGACCUUUGAAGAACAUUGAACAUCUUCCAGAAGGAAAGAGCGCCCAUUUGGAGGCAACUUUGACUCCAGUCAAUGAUCCCACAAUGAUUGUUGAAUGGUUCAGAGAUGGUAGACCAAUUCCUCAGGGUCAUAAAUUCAAAACCACUUACGAUUUUGGUUUUGUUGCUCUUGAUAUUCUCUAUGCUUAUCCAGAAGAUUCUGGUACCUACAUGUGCAAGGCUAGGAACGCUGCAGGUGAAGCUGUCACAACUUGUGUCAUCUCUGUUGAUUCCAAACAAGGUCUGUGCCUUGACACAUUGGACGCUCAACGACUCCAAAAGAUCCGAGAAUUGGAAACUGUUGAAGUGAAACAGGAAGUCGAGAAGGAAGUGGUUCAUCAGAAGCCAGUCUUCCUGACUCCGUUAAAUAAUCUUGAUCUCAGGGAAGGUGAACAUGCUCAUCUGGAAUGUCGAGUUGAGCCAAUCAACGACGCGAACUUGAAGAUCGAAUGGUUCGUGAAUGGUGUGGCAGUAAAAACAGGACAUCGUUUCCGUUCAACUCAUGAUUUUGGUUACGUAGCUCUGGAUAUUCUCUAUGCCUAUUCUGAAGAUUCUGGAACAUACAUGUGCAAGGCUACAAAUCUUGCAGGCGAAGCUGUUAAUACUUGCACUAUUAAAGUAGGAUCUCGACAUGGAAUUCUCUUGGAUACACAACAUCCUGAUGGUCUCGAGAAGAUCCGAGAAUUAGAGGCUCAAGGUCAUCCAGCUCGAUUGGAAGUUGAUGAACCACCAGUGACACCUCCGAGAUUUGUCACUCAACUUAGGGGCACAACUGAAAUUUACGAAGGGCAAACGGCUCACUUUGAAUGUCAAGUGGAACCACUUCAUGACGCGAACUUGAGAAUUGAAUUCUUCCACAAUGGAAAACCUCUUCCAUCAGCAUCGCGCUUCCACGUAACGUUCGAUUUUGGUUACGUGGCUCUUGACAUUGGUCACGCUGUUCCAGAAGACGCGGGACAAUAUUCAGUGCGAGCUAUCAAUAAUCUUGGGCAAUGCGUUUCAUCAAUCGAGCUCAAGGUCAUUCCACGUGAAAAUAUUAUUCUUGAUUCCCAACGUCCCGAAGGACUGGACAAGAUUCGCGAACUGGAAUCACAACAACCUUGGAAGAGACCCGAUGUCUCUGAACCACAAACCAGACAACGCCCAGUAUUCACUCAACCACUGCAGAAUAUUGACGCAAUUCCAGAAGGUCAAACAGCACACUUUGAAUGUCGCCUGAUUCCAGUUGGUGAUCCAACACUCAAGGUCGAGUGGUUCAGAAAUGAAACUCCCCUUGAGACCAGCUCUAGAAUUUCCAAGGUUCAUGACUUUGGAUUCGUAUCUCUGGACAUUUCGCACGUUCGCGAUAACGAUGAAGGAGUUUACAUGUGUCGUGCUUCGAAUGCGCUAGGCGAAGCUGUAACAACUGCUUCAAUGAGAAUUCAAACCAAAUCGAAUAUACAAUUGGAGAGUCAUCAUCCGGAGGCUCAGCAGAAGAUCGCUCAAUUGGAAGCCGACAAGGGACCAACUCGUCCUGAUGAGCAGGAGAGAACCUUCGAUAAACCGAUUUUCACCCAAUUGUUGACUGGACCAACCGAAUUGUGGGAGGGUCAAAUCGCCCACUACGAGUGUCGGGUUGUUCCUGUUGGUGAUGCAAGUCUACGCUUCGAGUGGUACGUGAAUGGUGUCGAACUCAAGAUGGGUUCACGUUUCCACGUUAGUCACGAUUUUGGAUUCAUUACCUUGAAUAUUAUGAAAGUUAUUCCCGAAGAUUCCGGUGUUUACUCCUGCAAGGCUAUCAAUAAAGCAGGUGAGGCUGUAUCAUCAAUUUCCCUAAAGGUCAAGGCUCGUUCAGCAAUAUCCGGUGAGUCGAUCCAACCGGACGCCUGGCAGAAGAUUCAAUUGAAGGAAGCGGAAAUGAACAAAGUUCCCGAAAUGUUUGUUGAUACUACACCUCAACAAGCUCCUGUCUUCACCACUCAUCUCAAGAGUUACGACAAACUGCAAGAGGGUCAACACGUCUACCUCGAGGCUCAGGUUGAACCAAGAGCGGAUCCUAAUCUCCGAACCGAGUGGUUCAAGAACGGAGUCGCCCUCCAAACAGGAACGAGAUUACGAAGUACGUUCGAUUUCGGUCUCGUUACCCUGUCGAUCAACAGUCUGAGACCAGACGACUCGGCAAUUUAUACCUGCAAGGCUGUGAAUCUACUAGGAGAAGCUGUUUCCACCUGCAGUCUGAAGAUCGGCGACAAACACUGGCUGAUGGGAGACACAUUACAUCCGGACGCUCUUCCGAAAAUUGACGCCCUAGAACAACCCCAAGUAACAACCAAAGAAGAAGUCGAACCUACUUAUGAAGAACCGGUCUUCAUUUCUCAUCUGAACAAUGUUGAAUGCAUCGAGGGCGAAAAUGUCCACUUUGAGUGCAACGUCGAACCGUCCAAGGAUCCCACGAUGAAAAUCGAAUGGUUCCUGAAUGGCAAACCUCUACCAACCGGCGCAAGAUACAAGUCAACCUACGAUUUCGGAUACGUUGCUUUGGAUCUCAAUCAUGCUUACGAAGAGGAUUCGGGACUGAUUACAGUGAAGGCUACCAACUAUAAAGGAACGGCACAAACAACCGGAACACUCAAGUGCACCAGCAAGCAGAGUAUCUACCUACAGACCCAGCAUCCACAGGGUGAAGCCGGUCUAGAAAAAGUGAAAGAGGUUGAUGACGCCUAUGCAUCUAAACUCCAAAGACCGGACGAUGGACCAGAACACCAAUACCCCAAACCCGUUUGGAUUGUUCCACUUCAACCGGAAUUCAAACUCGGCGAGUCCGAACCUCUUCAUCUCGAGGGACAAGUGGAACCGAAAGAUGAUCCUAAUCUCAAGAUCGAAUGGUACUUAAAUGGCAAGGUACUGGAGCAUGGCUCACGAUUCAAAAUGACAAGUGACUUUGGAUUCGUCACCCUCGAUCUCACUGAUGCCUAUGAUCGGGAUUCUGGAAUCUACACCUGUAAGGCGUUCAACAAAGCUGGUGAGGCAUUCACAUCAACUACAAUCUACUGCUCGACGAAGGAGAACGUAAUCGAGAGAUCACAACAUCCGAAGGGAAAGGAAGGCUUGGAAGCCAUCCAAGAUUUGGAAGAAUCACUGAAACGAGAGGCAGCUGCCGCUCAAGAGAGUGAUGAAGGUCAUCCACCAGUAUUUACUUCACAAUUCGAAAAUCUGAGCAACCUAUCCGAAGGAGAGAUAGCACACUUCGAAGCUUCUCUCACUCCGACCGGUGAUCAAACAAUGGUUGUUGAAUGGUUCUACAAUGGUAAACCCCUAGAAGCCAGUCAUAGAACAAGAACAGUCUAUGCUUUCGGAAUGGUUGUUCUCGAAGUACUAGGAACAAAGAUCGAAGACUCCGGAACGUAUUCUUGCAAAGCGACAAACAAAUGGGGUCAGGCUGAGAUCAGCGUGAAUCUUGAAUGUGUCGACAAGUCGAAGGGACAGAAACCAAAAUUCACGACCCACAUACAAUCAUUGGAGGGUCUUAAGGAUGGACAAUCGGCUCACUUUGAAUGCACACUGAUACCUGUUGGUGAUCCGAACAUGAAGGUUGAAUGGUUCCAUAAUGGACAACCCUUGCGUCAUUCAUCUCGCUUCAAGAUGGUGUCAGAUUUUGGCUUUGUGGUCAUGGACAUUGCUGGUGUUAUGUCCCACGAUUCUGGGGAAUAUGUCUGCAAAGCAAGCAAUAAAUUUGGUGAAGACUUCACCAAAGCGACAAUCAAGUGCUUCGGCAAAGGUGGAGUCUACUCAGACUCCCUUCAGCCGGAUUCUUUGGCUCGAAUUCGUGAACUCGAGAGCUUUAACGGUGAUCAACAGACAUCUCAAGCACCAGUUGUUGCCGAACCACCGAAAUUCAUCACCCAAAUUUCUGAUAUCACGAAAUUAGUCGAAGGCCAAUCUGCGCACUUUGAAGCGAGACUGACUCCAAUCACUGAUCCGGAUCUCAAGGUAGAGUGGUAUUACAAUGGCAAGAAAUUACCCCAUGGUCAUCGUUACAGAACAUUCCACGAUUUUGGAAUUGUUAUUCUCGAUAUUUUGUACUGUUACGAGGAGAAUUCUGGUGUUUACGAAUGCAGAGCGGUGAAUAAAUACGGAGAGGAUACAACAAAAGCGACUUUGAGAUGCCUGUCCAAGGCGAAUCUCAUUUUGGAAUCACAAUUGCCAAAGGGAAUGGAAGGCGGUUUGGAGAAGAUACAAACUUUGGAGGAUUCGAUGGUUCGCACGAAAGAUGACAGAUCAGUGGAAACAACAGGAAAGGCGCCAAUGUUCACUGUUCCCUUGAGCAAUCUCGACGGUCUUCGUGAGGGUGAAAGCUCACACUUUGAAGCGCGUCUAAUUCCAACCGAUGAUCCAAAACUAAAAGUCGAAUGGUUCUGGAAUGGCAAACCUCUUCGCACUGGUUCACGAUUCCGCACCUUCUGUGACUUUGGUUUCGUUAUUCUGGAAAUAUCGCCAAUCUAUCCAGAAGACUCUGGUGAAUACAGUUGCAGGGCAUCGAACGAUUAUGGCGAAGCUGUCACAACAUGCUCAAUGAAGUGUACCGGCAAGAGGAACAUCAUUCUCGAAUCACAACUACCAAAGGGAAUGGAGGGAACAAUCGACAAGAUCGCCGAACUUGAAGGUCUUGGCAAUGAACCCGGUCAACCUAGUCCCGAUGAUGAUACUGGUAAACCACCCGAAUUCAUCACCACUCCAUCAGAUUUGACUCUAUCAGAAAAUUCCCUAGCUCACUUUGAAUGUCGCCUUCAACCUGUCAAUGACUCCAGUAUGCGAGUCGAAUGGUUCCACAAUGGAAAAGCAUUGCUAGCCGGUUCUAGAGUGAAGACAAUUCAUGACUUUGGAUUUGUCAUUCUUGAAGUUGCUAAUUGCUAUCAACGAGAUUCUGGUUUGUACACCUGUAAGGCUACCAAUAAACACGGUGAGGCGACAGUCUCCUGUAAAUUGCAAGUUCGCGGUCGUCAAGGAAUCAUCCUUGAACCCCAACUUCCGAAUAAUUUCAAAACUGGAACGGAGAGUAUUCAAAAACUGGAGGAAGCUUUGUAUAAGAAGGAUGAAAUUCUAUCUGAAGAGGAGGCACCAAAUCCACCUAGAUUCACGGUCGAAUUGAAGGACAUUGAGGUAGAGGAAGCUGGACCCAGUCACUUUGACUGUCGUGUUGAGCCUUCGAAUGAUUCAACAAUGCGCAUCGAUUGGUUCCACAAUGGUCGUCCAUUUGCCACCGGAUCACGAGUUCACCAGAUCAACGAUUUUGGUUUUAUUUCUCUGGACUUGUCUUACACCUACGCUAGAGAUAGUGGAGAGUACGUUUGCAGAGCUACCAACAAAUGGGGAUCAGCGACCACCAAAGCUACUGUCACUUGUAAAUCCAAGAAAGCUAUUGACUUUGAGUCUCAACUACCAAGUGGAAUGAGUGGGGAAAAACUGAAGGAAUUGGAACGUGGACCAGUCACCGAAGCUCCACCUCCGGAACCACCACGACAGCCACCACGAUUCAUCACUCAAAUCCAAUCAGCAACAGUCGAGGAAUCCGAAUCGGUCCGUUUCGAAUGUCGCGUCGAACCGAAAGAUGAUCCAAAUCUUCGUAUCGAGUGGUACCGGAAUGGAAAACUCAUUCCAGCUGGUCACAGAUACCGAACAGCUUAUGACAUGGGCUUCGUCUCAAUGGACGUUCUUUACGUUUAUGCCGAAGAUUCCGGCGAGUAUGUGUGCAAGGCAAUCAACGAUCUUGGAGAAGACACCACCAGAGCUUCUGUUUCUUGCAAACAGUUGCCAAACAUCAUUCUGCAGAAUCAAGUACCAAAGGGAAUGAAGAAAUCAGAAGCCCUGAUGCAAAUGGAAGCGACAAUCAAGAAGUACACCUCUGAGGUUCAUCUAACGGAGGAUGAUCUUUACGAUGCUGAUAAGAAGCAACCGCCACGAUUCGUCACUCAGAUUGAAAAUCAAACAGAACUUGUUGAGAUGAACAAUACUAAAUUUGAAUGUCAGCUUGCUCCGGUUGGCGAUCCAAACAUGAAGGUCGAAUGGUUCUUCAAUGGUAAACCAUUGCCACACAAGAACAGAUUCACUCCAAUUUAUGAUUUCGGCUACGUUGCCAUGAACUUCGGUUGGGUCUAUCCUGAAGACAGUGGCGAAUAUCUCUGUCGAGCGACAAAUCUUUAUGGAAUGGAUGAAACAAGAGCAGUCAUCAAGACAGCCGGCAAGCCUGGAAUCAUCUACGAAUCACAAUUACCAAAGGGAAUGAAGAGUAUCGAAAAGAUUCGCGAAAUGGAAGCUGCCUGGCAAGUUGUACCAGAAGAAGAGGGCGAGGAGGAGAAAGUAAAAGCACCUCCAGCAUUUGUCAGCAAGCCGGAACCGUACGUCGUUGAAGAAGGCGAUUGGUCCAGAUUCUGUUGUCGUGUCACCGGUCAUCCUAAACCCCGUGUCAUGUGGUUGAUCAAUGGACACACCGUUGUUAACGGUUCGCGAUACAAAUUAACAUACGAUGGAAUGUAUCAUCUCGAUAUACCGAAAACCAGGCAAUAUGACAAUGGAAAGAUUGAAGUCAUUGCCAGAAGUUCGGUUGGUGAAGCACGAACAGAAACCACUCUUACAGUGAAGCCGCGCAGUGACGAUUAUCGUGGAGUUCUCAAAAACUCUCCAAGACCUUGGUACGAUUAUGAACUCACUCAAUAUCAAGCCGAACGUCAGGAUACAGAACUCGAAAAAGUUUUUGAUGAACGUCAACAGAGUGUAUCUCAGGGUGUUUCAAUUGCUACCGAACAUCUAGCACCAAAAGUAUUCAAAGAGCCUGACACCGAUUGGCAAAAGUCGGUGAAAACCAAGAAAAAUGAGGAUUACUACAAUAAAUUGAUGACACUCGAGGAGGAUCAAGUACUCAAGGAACAAAGACUACGUGAGCAAUCACAUCAAUACGCUGUUCCCGGUGAGAAAAUUGUCAGCAAUUCAAUGGCUAAGGGAAUGGCUCAAAAGUAUCAAGAAAACUUGGAAGAACAACCCCAAGAGCCAGUUCAGCCACCUCCGAAAAUUGUCAAGAAACCAUUCACCACUCAAGUGGAUAUUGACACCGAGCGUGUGAAAGGCUCCGGUAAGUAUCCACCAGAUCCAUCUGAAUCAACAGUUCAUGGACGUGAGGUGCACGUAGCAAAGCAAAAACAAACGCAGAAGGAAACAAAAGGAGACGUUGAGAUUACAAGAAAAAUCACCGCCACCGAGACAACGGAAAUGGAGCACAAGGCCAAAACACAGGAACGUGUUGUUCAAGGUCAAGUGAAACCGUCAACACCACCGGUGUUCACGAAAAAAAUUCAACCAUGCCGUGCCUUUGAGCAGGAACAAGCUAAAUUCGAGGUUGAAUUCGAUGGCGAUCCAUUGCCCACGAUCAAAUGGUACAGGGAAGAUUUUCCAAUUACAAACUCCUCUGAUCUGCAGAUCUAUACGUUCAGUACAAAAUCAGUAUUGAUUGUUCGACAAGUGUUUAUGGAAGAUUCGGGUGUAUUUUCGGUUAUUGCUGAGAAUCGUGGAGGAAAAGCUAAAUGCAGCGCUAAUCUUGUUGUUGAAGAAAGGAGACGUCAACCUGGCAGAGGGGGAAAGGUUCCACCUAGUUUUCUCUCGACUAUUCAAAGUACAACUGUCAAUGCUGGUCAAUUGGCGAGAUUCGAUGCCAAGGUCACUGGAACGAAACCACUCGACGUCUAUUGGCUCAAGAAUGGAAAGAAGAUCGUUGCUGACAUUCGAUACAAGACCUUGGAGGAAGAUAACACCUAUACUCUACUGAUUCUCGAGAGUGUACCAGAAGACACUGGAAAAUACGAAUGUGUUGCUCUAAAUAGUGCUGGAGAAGCGCGUUGCGAUGCUGAGUGCACAGUUCGUGGUCCACAAUCACCGGCGAAAUCAGCGAAACCAUCAACUCCUGGAGCUGAAAAAGCUCCAAGUGUGACUGAACCACUUAAGGAUCAGACCAUCAAGGAGGGAACGUCUGUUGCCUUCUCAUGUCGAAUCUCUGGAAAACCAACUCCUACAAUUCAGUGGAAGAAGGGAGACAAGGUUAUCAAGCCAUCGAAAUACUUCCAAAUGCAAAAGGAGGUUGAUCUUUGUACUUUAAGAAUUUCCGAGGCAUUCCCCGAGGAUGAGGGCGUUUAUAAAUGCAUUGCCAAAAAUCCAGCGGGAGAAGUGACGACUUCCGCUAAUCUUAGGGUACUCGCUCCUGAUACUGCUGACGUUUUACCAAAAUUAUCACCGCUCAAGGAUCAAAUUGUCCUUGAAGGUCAGCCCGCUCAAUUUAAAACACAAGUGACUCCACCAAAAGUCAAACCCACCAUUCAAUGGUAUCGUGAAGGUGCUCUCAUACCACAGUCGCCGGAUUUCCAGAUGAUUCAUGAGGGAAACAAUGCAGUAUUGCUGAUAGCGACGACCUACGAAGAAGACACUGGCACCUUCACCUGUCGUGCAACAACCUCCGCUGGCACUGUCGAAACAUCAGCCAAGCUCAUCGUCAAAAAAAGAAGAGGCGUUUAUUAUGAAUCACCAGUCCCUGAAGAUUCAAUGGGACCUGGUGCUAAGACUGGCAAGAAGCCAACGAUCGGUACAUCUGUGGGAGGAUCAUUGAUAGAGCGAAGAGCUUCAAAGGAUGUGCCAAAGGAUGCAAUCGAAUAUGACGAAGAGGGUCUUCCUCUAGGAACACCACUUCCACCAGGCGAUGAGACAUUGCCCUGGAGGAAGAGUCGUGUUCAUCAUCGAUCACGACCCACAAAUAUAACACCAUGGCGUAAAAGUAUACCAAAAUCGCGUGAUGUUUCUUUAGAUAGGAAAUUAAAACCAGAAAUUGAUACAGUGAAACCUUGGACAGAGGAAGAGAUAGUCCUCAAGAAAGCGACUCAGGUAAUUAAAGAGAUACCGAGGGAAACUUUGGAGGAGGUUGAACUACGACCGACGAAAACUGAGAAAAAGGAAAUAAGACGUGAAAGUCUACAGCAAGUGGAACUGAAACCGGUACCAAAAGAACCGGCGAUAAGUGAAGAAACCUUACAAAGACUGUUAACCGAAGACACUCAAGAUGGACUCACGAGAUACAGUCAAGAAGAGGACACAACACUCUUAGGUCUUUCCAAAACGGAAAUUACCCUAAAGUCCCGAAAACAAUUUCCAGAGGUCAAAGAAUCGGAAGAAACAACCGACAAAGUGAAACCAUGGACCGAGGAGAAGAUAGAACUGAAGAAAAUGAAACCCGAACGAAAGGUAAUUCCCAAGGAACAAUUGGAGGAAGUCGACUUGCGACCGACCAAACAGGAGAAAACGGAAAUUUCCAAAGCCACUCUAGAACAAGUGGAACUGAAAAAGUUCACAAAGGACGAAACAAAAAAGAUCGACACAAAGACUAUCGAUACAAAAGAAGAAUAUACCGAGGAAGAAGAUUCAACCUUUUUGGAUAUCAACAAAAAAGUUCAGAUUACAAAGAAAAGCGAAAAGCCCGAACAACCGAAACCAUGGACCGAGGAGCAGAUAACACUCAAAAAAUCAAAACCCCAAAAGAAAGUGAUACCAACCGAAACUGUGGAAAGUGUCACGCUAAAGCCUUCCAAACCCGAAAGAUCAGAAAUCGCUAAACCAGUCCUUGAAGAAGUAAACCUAAGACCUGUCACUAAAGAAUCGAAGGUAGAAAUCGAUGUAACCAAACAAGAUUACACCGAGGAAGAAGAUACAUCACUUCUGGAUGUUACCAAACGGGUUGAUAUCACUAAACGUAAGGGUCAAAAGACUAAAACCGGUGACUUUGUCGAGACUGAAGAUACAACUCUACUUCAAGUAUCUAAAGACACAGACAUUACACGAAAAUCCGUAAAGCAAACCUUACCCGUCGAGGAGAAGGUGAAACCAUGGACUGAAGAAGUGGUAACACUGAAGAAAACCAAGCCAGAGAAGAAAGAAAUUCCCGAAGAGAAAAUUGAGGAGGUGCAACUAAAGACUGUCAGGAAGGAAAGUACCGAAAAGGUGCAGAUAACAAAAGAUACGACCGAUUACGUCGAACGGGAAGACGUCGCUGAACUUGUUAUCAACGAAGAUACGGAAGUCAGCAAGAAGGUUAAGAGACCCCAAAAGGACGAAAAAGUAGACCAACCGGUUCCUUGGACCCAGGAAAAAAUAACCCUAAAGAGAGCUAAACCAGAGAAGAAGGAUCUUCCACAGGAAAAGGUUGAAGAGGUUCAACUCAAGCCGGUAAGACCAGAAAGAGUUGAAGUAGAAACGGUUGAAACAGAAACAGUUAAACUCGAAAAAGUUAAAGCAGAAAAAGUGCCAUAUAGUGAAGAAACAGACGUUUCGUUACUGAAGCUAAAGACCGAUCAAGAAAUCACUCGAAAGAAGAAGACAGAAGAAAAAGAGAAGGAAGAAAAGAUAGAAGAAGAAGCAGUCUCCUGGCGAAGAGGAGAGAAGAAAAAGCCGGAACAGGUUCCUGAGACUGAGGAAAAACCACAGGAAGUCAGUGAAGUUCCCUGGAUACGAGGCAAGAAACGCAAGAAAGUUGAAACAACAACAACAGACAUAACAAUCGAGGAAACAGAAACGAAACAAAUACGACCAAAAGGUCCCACUGAAGAAAGAGUACCAAAGAAAGAAGAUCAACCGGUGCCAUGGACCCAGGAGAAAAUAACCCUCAAGAGAGCGAAACCCACCAAGAAAGAUAUUCCAGAGGAAAAAAUCGAGGAAGUUCAACUCAAACCGGUUAGACCAGAAAAAGCUGAAGUAGAAAAAGUUGAACUAGAAGAAGUGAAACUAGAAAAAGUUAAACUAGAAAAAGUUAAACCAACAAAAGUUGAAGAAGGAAAAGUACCAUAUAGUGAAGAAAUAGACGUUUCGUUACUGAAAUUAAAGACCGAUCAAGAGGAGACGAAAGUGAUCACCCUAAAGGAGAUACAGGAAAAAGAAAAAAUAGAGAAAGAGAAAACAGAAGAAGAAAAAGUGGAAGAGGAAGCAGUCUCCUGGCGAAGAGGUGUCAAGAAGAAAAAGGAACAACCGGAGCAGCUUCCCGAAGUACCGUCCGAAGAGAAACCUCAAGAAGUAAGCGAACUUCCUUGGAUACGCGGCAAGAAACCAAAGAAGACCGAAGAAAUUCCACAGGUCGAACAAGAGAAACCACAAGAAAUUACCGAAUUAGCCUGGCAGCCAGGAAAGAAACCCAAAAAGCAAGAAAAAACAACAGCCGAAUUAGAAAUCGAAGUUGAAGAGACAAAGAAACCGAAAAAGGAAGUACCUGAACAGGUUCCAUGGACCCAGGAGAAAAUAACACUGAAACGUGCCAAACCCACCAAAAAAGAUGUCCAAGAAGAAAAACUCGAGGAAGUUCAACUUAAACCGGUUAGGCAAGAAAAAAUUGAGACAGAAAAAGUUGAAGUAGAAAAAGUUGAACUAGAAAAAGUUAAACCGGAAAAAGUCAAACUAGAAAAAGUCAAACCAACAAAAGUUGAAGAAGGAAAAGUACCAUAUAGUGAAGAGAUAGACGUUUCGUUACUGAAGGUAAAGACCGAUCAAGAGGAGACGAAAGAGAUCACCCUAAAGAAGAAGAUACAGGAAAAAGAAACAAUUGAAGAGGAAAAGGUACAAGAGGAAGCAGUCUCUUGGCGAAGAGGUGUCAAGAAGCAAAAGGAACUUCCGGAACAAGUUCCCGAAGUACCAAAAUCUGAAGAGAAACCAGAAGAAGUAAGUGAAGUUCCAUGGAUACGAGGCAAGAAACCAAAGAAAAUUGAUCAAAAACCAAAAGAAGUAGAAACAAGCGAAAUUCAACCAGAAGAAGUACCAACAGAAGAGAAAGUGGAAAAGAAACCAAAGAAAGAAGUACCUGAACAGGUUCCUUGGACCCAGGAGAAGAUAACCCUGAAACGUGCCAAACCCACCAAAAAAGAUGUCCAAGAAGAAAAACUCGAGGAAGUUCAACUCAAACCGUUGAAACCAGAAAAAAUCGAAACGGAAAAAGUAGAAACAAAAAAAGAAACAGUAACAGUAGUAACAGAAAAAGUGGUAACUGAAAAAGUACCAUAUUCCGAACAAACUGAUAUUUCUCUCUUGAAAGUAAAAUCCGACCUAGAGGAAACAAUUCUCGACGAGAAGAAGGUAAUCGAAGAAGAAAAACAAGAGACCGCAGUUUCCUGGCGUAGAGAUCGCAAAAAACCGAAACAACAAGUGACUGAAGAAGUUAAGCCACUUCCGGAAGAAAAGGAGGAAGUGGCAUUGCCAUGGAAACGUGGUCCCAAACCCAAGAAGAUUGAAAAAACAACUGCGGAAAUUACUCCCGAAGUGAUUGAAGAAAAACCUUUGGAACAAGUUUCCGAUGUUCCAACUGAAGAGAAACCGGAAGAAGUAAGUCAAUUACCAUGGAAACGAGGCAGAAAGCCAAAAACAGAAAAAGAAGUUACAACAGAAGAGAAGACGGAACAAAAGGAUGUUGAGGAUUUCGCAAAAUUGGAAUUGAAGAAAACUCGACGGGUAAUUAAACCCGAACAACCGGAAGAAAAGGAAGAAAUCACUUUGAAACCAGUGAAACGUUUACCGAAAGAAGAAAAAGAAGUAGAAGAAAUAACCUUGAAACCAGUAAAACGCUUACCAAAGGAAGAAGAAGAAAAAGAGGAAAUAACCUUGAAACCGGUUAAACGGUUAACAAAGGAAGAGACCGUAAAAGAAGAAAUUACUUUGAAACCAGUCAAACGUUUACCAAAAGAAGAGGAAACGAAUGAAGAAGUAACCUUGAAACCUGUUAAACGAUUACCAAAGGAAGAAACUGAAAAAGAAGAAAUUACUUUGAAACCAGUGAAACGUUUACCAAAAGAAGAGGAAACGAAGGAAGAAAUAACCUUGAAACCUGUUAAACGGUUACCGAAGGAAGAGGAAACAAAAGAAGAAAUAACCUUGAAACCGGUGAAACGGUUACCUAAGGAAGAGGAAACGAAAGAGGAAGUGCGUCUAAAACCAGUUUGGAAAGAAAAAGUACAAGAAGAAAAAGAAGAAAUUCUUCUGAGACCCAAGAAAGUAGAAAAGCCUAAAGAAGAAGUACCGGAAGAAACAGCACAGUUGCCAUGGUUACGGGGCAAGAAGCCGAAGAAGGUUGAGAAAACAACUGCAGAGAUUACAACUGAACAAGUUGAAGAGACAUCAAUCAGAGUCCAACCGGAAGAAGUGCCUAAAAUACCUGAAGAAGAAAAACCAGAAGAAAAAACCGAACUGCCCUGGAAACGUGGCAAAAAACCAAAGAAAGUUGAAAAAGCAACCGCGGAGAUUACAACCGAACAAGUCGAAGAGACUUCAAUUGUAGUCCAACCGGAAGAAGUACCCGAAGAAGAAAAACCGGAAGAAAGAACCGAAUUGCCCUGGAAACGAGGCAAGAAGCCCAAGAAGGUUGAGAAAACAACUGCUGAAAUUACAACAGAGCAAAUGGAGGAAACAAGCAUUGAAGUUGAAACCGUUAAAAAACCGGAAGUACCAGAAGAAAAACCGCAAGAUUUGCGAAAAACGAAAAAAGAAGAUAAGCCUGAAGAAGUUGUUCCAUGGACACAAGAGAAGGUCACCUUGAAAAGAGCUAAGCCGGUAAAGAAAGAUCAGCCUGAGGAAAAACUCGAAGAAGUUCAACUCAAACCGUUCAAAGUUCAAAAAGCGGAAGUCACUACAGAAGAAGUAACUGAAACCACAGUUUUAGAAAAAUCUCAACUAGAAGUAAAAACACUAGAGGCUGAAAAGAUUCAGGAAGAGGAAGUGAUUCAAGAGGAGACUGUCUCUUGGCGUCGUGGUCGAAAGAAGCCUCAGGAAAAAGUCACAAAAGAAAUCAAACCGGAGGAAGCACCUGAAGAAGAGAAACCGGAAGAGAAAACCGAAUUGCCAUGGAUUCGGGGCAAGAAGCCCAAGAAGGUUGAAAAAACAACGGCUGAAAUUACAACCGAACAGGUAGAAGAGACAUCAAUUACUGUCCAAACUAAAGAGGUACCUAAAGUACUUGAAGUGCCUGAGGUACCUGAAGAAGAGAAACCGGAAGAGAAAACCGAAUUGCCAUGGAAACGGGGCAAAAAACCAAAGAAAGUAGAGAAAACAACUGCAGAGAUUACAACCGAACAAGUUGAAGAGACAUCAAUUAGAGUCCAACCGGAAGAAGUUCCCGAAGAAGAAAAACCGGAAGAAAAAACUGAAUUGCCUUGGGUACGUGGCAAGAAACCUAAAAAGGUUGAAAAAUCAACAACUGAAAUUACUACGGAACAUGUUGAAGAGUCGUCAAUUGGAGUCCAACCGGAAGAAGUACCUAAAGUACCCGAAGAAGAGAAACCGGAAGAAAGAACCGAAUUGCCCUGGAAACGUGGCAAAAAACCAAAGAAAGUUGAAAAAGCAACCGCGGAGAUUACAACCGAACAAGUUGAAGAGACUUCAAUUAUAGUCCAACCGGAAAAAGUGCCCGAAGAAGAAAAACCGGAAGAAAAAACCGAAUUGUCCUGGAAACGGGGCAAGAAGCCCAAGAAGGUUGAAAAAUCAACGGCUGAAAUUACAACCGAACAGGUCGAAGAGACGUCAAUAGAAGUGAAACCAGAAGAAAAACCCGAAGAGAAAACAGAAAUGCCUUGGAGACGGGGCAGAAAACCAAAGAAGGUUGAAGAAAUAAAACCAGAAGUGGUUGAAGAACAGCCAGAGGAAAAAGAAGUUGAAGAAGUGGAAGAUUUCUCAAAAUUAACACUGAAGAAAGCAAGGCGCGUCAUCAAACCUGAACAACCGGAAGAAAAGGAAGAAAUAACCUUGAAACCUGUAAAACGUUUACCUAAGGAAGAAACCGAAAAGGAAGAAAUUACCUUGAAACCUAUCAAGAAAGAAAUUGUUGAAGAAGAAACAAAGGAAGAAAUAGUGAAGAAAACAAGAAGAACAAUUAAACCGGACCAACCGGAAGAAAGGGAAGAAAUAACCUUGAAACCAGUGAAACGUCUACCUAAAGAAGAAACCGAAAAGGAAGAAAUUACCCUAAAACCAGUGAAACGUUUACCGAAAGAAGAAACCGAAAAGGAAGAAGUUUCUCUAAAACCGGUGAAGAAAGAAGUAGUUGAAGAAGAAACAAAGGAAGAGAUAGUGAAGAAAACUCGACGGGUAAUUAAACCCGAACAACCGGAAGAACGAGAAGAAAUAACCUUGAAACCAGUGAAACGUCUACCGAAGGAAGAAACCGAAAAAGAAGAAGUCCAACUAAAACCAGUUGUAAAACAAAAACCAGAGGAAGAGCAACCAGAGGAAGAAAAACCUUUGGAAACGUCAGUCGCUCCUUGGCGAAGAACAAAGAAACCAUCAAAGAAAGUUGUCGAAUUUAAUGAAGACGUGACUAUCUUUCCCAUCGAACGGGAAGAAGUCACAGAAGUCACCGAAACACAAGAAGACCUCGAAACACUCGACAUUCAGGAAACAAUCACCGAAAAACCAAAACAAAAAGAAGUUACACCACGCACCAAAAAGGCAAAGGAAGUAAAACCAAAAGUAGAUCAAAUCUUCGAAACCGAAGAAACAAUUACCACCCAAGAAAUAGUCACCGAGAAAAUUGACCAUCAAGAGCAAAUCCUCGAAAUCACUGUCGAUGAUCAAAAGAAGGGAAAACCAACGAGAAAGACCCGAACACAAGUUGAAAUUUCCAUGACCGAUAAAGAAAAAAAGAUUGCACCUAGGUUCAUUCAAAAAUUACAACCAGUAAUUGUUGAAGUUGAAAAGCCCGCGAAGUUCAUUUGCACUGUCAUUGGAACACCCUUCCCACAGAUUGCUUGGUACCGAAAUGAACAAGAGCUUCAUGCCAGUGAAAAGUACGAGAUGAACGUUGUGGAGACCACAGCAACACUCGAAGUGAAGAAUGUCAAGGAGGAAGACGUCGGCAUGUAUACAUGCCGAGCUUCAAAUCCCGCUGGCGUUGCUACAUCAACUGUCAAUCUUGUCAUAUUUGAAAAAGAAGAAGAAGGCAUUGCUCCACACUUCGUAUCCCCGAUAAAACCACUAAUGGUUGAAGAACACACACCAGCAAUACUCGAGUGUGUAGUAACUGGAAAACCAACACCCGAAGUGAAAUGGUAUCGCGGUGAUAAGGAGGUGAAACCAAAGAGAGGAAAACAGGAGAUUUCCUUCAUACCCGAAACUGGUGAGAGUAAAUUAACAAUUCUUGAGCCAACCAAUGAGGACGAGACGAUCUAUCGUGUUCGAGCAGUCAACAAAUUUGGCAAAGCAGAAUGUCGUGCUAAUCUUCUAGUAAGUAAUGCGCCUAUCGUGACAAAACCGGAAGUACUACGUGCUCCAAAAAUAACCCGACCACUGCCGGCAUUAGUUGCCCAAAUCGGUAAACCCCUGACACUCGUUGCCGAAUUUGAAAGUAAACCACAACCAGAAGUCAAGUGGUUUAAGAAUGGAGUUGAAAUUACACCAUCCGACGAGACGAGUGUCAAUAUUUAUGAGAACAGUGCCGAAUUGGUCAUCACCGACACGAGGAAAAAGGAUACCGGAAAGUAUGAAAUUAGAGUUCAAAAUCCAGCCGGUGAGGCACGAAGUUCAGGAUCAGUUACAAUUAGGGAGAAGGAGGACGAUACGGAAGCUGCGAAAGCUCCUAGAUUCAUUCAACCGAUUCAACCGCAACUUGUCGCCGAGGGAGAAGUUGUCAUUAUGGAAACAAUUGUCGAAUCGUAUCCCGUCGCUUCCUUCCAAUGGUUCCAUGACAAUCGUCCUCUUCAGACCACACACGAGAUGAGAAUAGUCACAAAAGAAAAUCGAUCAGUUCUGUUGAUCAAGGAUAUUGUGCCAGAGUUUGCCGGCACGUACACAUGUCGAGCGGAAAAUGUUGUUGGUUCGGUAACGUGUACGGCGACCGUUAAUCUACUGGACAUCCCAUGGGAGGAGACAGUUGAACAAUCAUCGCCAACGUUUGUCAAGAGAUUAUCGCCUGUAAGAGUCAUGGACGGAGAAAAUGUUAAUCUAACUUGCGUCAUUCAAGCGAAACCAAUUCCAAAAGUUGAAUGGUAUCAUGAUCAGAAACCAAUUCAGGAGGGUAAGCAGAUCACAAUUCUACAGGAUUCAGAAGGUGUUUGCAGUUUGGCAAUCACUGAAGUAUUCCCAGAAGAUGCUGGUGAAUAUACAUGUCGUGCUGUGAAUCCCGUUGGUGAAGCUGUUUGUUCAACGUCGCUAAUUGUCGAAGCCUACGAAUAUGUACCAGAUUCGGAAAUAGCAUCUUCGAUCGUAGCGACUUCCCUUCUUACUGGACAAAGCGGGUCAGAGGAAGAUCUCUUAUCUCCAAAGGAAGGACCUCUUUUCGAUACUGAUACGGAAGAAUCCGCGCCAGAGAUCAUCAAGAAGCUUCCUCAAAUGAUUCCCACUAAAGAUGGAGAACUAACCAGGCUGGAGGUAAAAGUAAAGGGAAAGCCGAAACCAGAAGGAAAAUGGUACAAGCAGGGAAUAGAAAUAAUUCCUUCCCAAGAAUUCCAAAUCGAGGAAUUUGAUGAUGGAACAUCAGUUCUAACGAUUGCCGAAACAUAUCCCGACGAUACGGGUGAAAUUGUUUUUGAAGCUCACAAUCCAUUGGGAGUAUCAACGACAACUACUUAUUUAUCAGUAGAAGGUAUCGUGGGAACGAAACAAUAUCGAAAACCAUCAUGGGUGUCGCACAUGGAAGAAAUGCAAGAGGCACUUCGAGCCUCACAAUCUGUACCAAGUUUUAUUCAAGAAAUAACGGAUGUUUACGCACAAGAGGGUGAAAAAGUUACUUUAGAAUGUUCCUACUCCGGAAAUCCCGCACCAGAUGUUGUUUGGUACAAGGACGAUAAAUUAGUUAUAAACUCGGAUAAUGUGAAAAUUCAACUUAAAGAUGAAGAAAAGAAAACGGCAUUAAUAAUAAAGCGGUCCACGAAGGAAGAUGAAGCAUCAUAUGUUUGUAAAGCAACCAGCGAAAUUGGUCUCGCCAUAACAAAAGCAAAAUUACGAGUUACAGAAGGCGGACCGAUCUCAUGGCAACCGGAAGAAGAUGAAGAGGAAGAAGAGGUGGUGGAAACAAUUGUACAGAAAACACACAAGAAAAAGAAACCAGAAGUGAAAAAAGCCAAAGAAACCAAAGAAAAAGUAAAAUCAGAGCGCGUGAAAAUUGACAAGAAAACAAUUCAACAGGAGAAGAUAACACCACAAGAUGAAACGGAUGAGAGAAUGAUUGUCGACGUUGAAGAAACUCAAGUACUCGAGACCACCACAACAUUCGAUGACGUUCUCGAACAGCCAAAACAAGCAAAGAAAAUAGUACCAAUUCAGGAUUCAGUCAUCACUGAAGCAACAGCAUCACUAAAAACGGUCGAUGAAAAAACAAAGAAAAUCCUCCCAACAGUUGAAGAACGCGCUAAAGUAACAACCGAAAUAACAGAAACAAUUUCCGUCACCGAAGUUCAACCAGAAUUUGGCGUUCGUGAAUUGAAGAAGAAAAAGAAGAAGCCAGAAAAAGUGAAGACAACAAUAGUCAAGGGCAAAGAUGAUGAGGAGGAGGAGGUGAUUAUAACUGAGGUGACAGUCGAGAAAAUAAUUAAGGAACACGAGAAGAAUAUUGCACGUGAAGUUGAAGAAUUAAUGGACGUGAUGAAUGCAAAUGAAUUUGGACCCGGUGAAUCGCCACUUAGAGAAUUGGCUACUAUUGGUUUUCUCGUGCGUCAAGGAGUUUCUGUCAAUGAAAUCAAUGAGAGUCUCUAUCGAACGGACAAAUUUCCAGCACUACGCACACCUGACGCUCAAAAUGCAUUGGUUCAAUUAGUCGAGAGACAAGGACAUGGACCGUUAAUCACUGAAGUUCUCACUGAGGAGACAACAACCGAUGAGAGUAUUGUUGCCGCGACUGUUGGCUUCCGAGCUUUCAUGAAAAUGGUUGAUCUACAGCACGCCACUGUCGAGGAAGUGAUCACUCACUUUGCACCCGAUGAUUUCCGACCGAGAGCUUGGGAAGUCACCGAAGCCAUUGAGGUGGAAAUCGAGCAGCAUGCAACACAGAGAAUUGAAGUGAUCGAGGAAACAGAGAUACGCGUUAUGGAGAGAAGAGAGGAUAGAAGAACGCUUCAGAAGCAAGAUGUUCGCGAAAUAAAAGAAUACGAGGACACUGAGCAAGUACACAAGACACAGCGUAAACGAAAAGACAUGAAAUCAUUGGAACAACCUCGUAUCGAUGAUAGGGAUGAGGGGGUUGAAAUUGUCCAAAUUGAAGAUGAGCGCGAAACAUCGGAAAUCGUCGAACAAGAUAUCAACAAGGAGCAACAGGAAACAAUGGAGGAAAUAAUAAUAGUCGAAAGGGACAAGAAGGGAAAAUUGAAGCAAAAAAGAAAAGAAUCUCUGGAAGCUGAAAUUGAAGUCGAACAAGAAGAGGAGGAGGAGGAGAUUAUCAAAAAGACAAGAAAAGCAUUGAAACCAAAACGUCCAAAAGUGGGAGAGGAUGAACUCGAAUUAGAAGAAAUUGAAGAAUUCCAAGUAAUCAGUGACAAUUCCGUAACAUCAGUUGCUCUCAAUAUUCCCCAUCAAAUAAAUGAAGUGGUACCACUAAAUCGAACCACUGAACAAGCACCAGGCAAACCGUACGACGAGAAAGCAAAAAUCACCCUAGACACUGUGAAUGCACUAACCGAACAGUAUUUACCAACUCACGAGAGUGAAAUCGAUCAGGUACAACACAUACAACCGGAUAAGAGAAAAGCAUCCGUUUCUAUAUUACCAAUGGAGCCAUAUUCAAUCACAGAGACAACGAUUCAAGGCGGAAUCAACGAAUUCAUUGGCGCCUUUAAACCAACAACAGUAGCUGCAACAUCAGCUCUAGUCCCCUCGGAGAGUCUCCAAGUGAGUGAAAUUCUUCCCAAUGAGGCUAAACCCACAGACUUGAAGACUUCCCUUCAUGAAGCGAGUGGACGAGCCGAGAUCACCAUGACCUUGCAGGAGGCAACCACGAUCAGUGAGACGACCGUCAAUCAAAAAGAAGUCCCAACUGAGGAUUUCAUAUCCCCGACUACUGUCAAGGCGGAGGACUCCUAUUUACCCCAAAUGGGUCUAACUGUCUAUGAGGUGCAGGAGGGUCAAGUUGAGGACAAAUUCGAACCCCUAAAAACAAUCACCAAUAAACCACGGGUCAACAUCACUCCCAUAGAACCAGUCGUCAUUGAAGAAGUUCACCCUCAAGAUAAACCGGGGAAAUACUAUCCCGAGUCGAUCGUACCAACCGAAGUCGCCUCAACGACAAUAAUAUCCCAAAGACAACGCGUUACCGAAGAAAUGCACGCUCCCGAAAAGGAGGGAACGUACAUUCCCGGUAGACUACCAACCGGACAGACAGCUCUGGUCGAAGUCUCCUACAGCGGAGAAACAGCCAUAACAUCCGAGCAACCGGUUCAAGAACGAGAGGGAAUCUUCUCUCCAGACCGCAAAAUAGAUACUUUCGAAGCCCAACCAAACGUGAAUCUUCUAGAAAGCAUAACCGUCUCGACUGUUGAUUCCCAACAUCAGGAAUCGAUCCUAACAGUCGAGGAGAGCAAGAAGGUCACAGCCGAUUUUAAUCUAAUCGAGGUGUCAUCGAUCGUAACCACCGAAACUCUAGUCACCGAGAAAGAACACCCCUACCAAUCCGGUGAACAACCACUCCCAAAAUCCGCCGACACUGUCAUCCUUCCUCUCGAAAUCGGUUCGGUCACCAGCACUCUAGUUCAAGAAUCCGAGGGCGAGUACACAGGAACCCUAAAACCAACCGCAGCGCUUGCCGAAACAACCUACAGACCCGAGGAAUCACUAAAAGUGACACAAGUCCAGACUGCCGACUAUCCGUCAGACUUUACCGACGAUCUUAAAUUCAUCACCGAAAGUGGAACCGUACAGGUCCACACAACCGAAGCAAAGGAAAUUAGAGAAGUCCUAGUCCACGACCGCGAGAACCAAAUGGAAGAUGUCCAACAACCGGAGGAACGAAUCGUGGAAACAAUCUACGACUCCAUUAAAGGUAUCGAAGUCUUCCAGACAACAUCCGUCGAGAAGGAGGGCGAUCUCCGACUCUAUGAACUACCGGAGAGCCAUCGAGGCAAAACGGUACCAACCCACCCAGUGGUCUCACUCCAAAUCGAAGAGGUGUUGUCCCAUGACAACAUCACCCAAAUACCGAAAGACACCCCCUUCUCAGCGGUGGCAAAAAUCGAACGCGACGAUCUACGCGAAACAAUCGUCAGAGAGAUAAUCCCCGAUGAAACUCUAGCCCCGGUUAAAGAAACCCUAGCUCCGGAAUCGAAAACAGCCGAUGUUGAUCUUAACGAAAUGUCCAGUAUCCACACAUCCGAGGUGAUCGUCUCCGAAAAUGAAACCCAAUACACAAGAAUAGUGGAUAAAGAAGCUUAUGCCACAACCGAAUUCACCACCCAACUUGCGGCAAUGCAUCAAGAAGUUAGGACCGAAUCCCCGACUGGCGAAUACGUUCCCACUGACGUGAACAAGGGCAUUGCGCAACCAAGUCACACCCUCCUGGAGAGCAUAUCCGUCGGUGUUCACGAGUUGGCAGAAAAGGAAAAUAUCUACACAGAGGAUAUUAAACCGAGUACAAAGAUCGCUAGCGUCGAACUCACUGAGACUCGACCUGGAGCUGUCACACUGGAAAUUGUUGCCAGUGAUCGGGAAAAUCUCUACUCGCCAGAGAAGCGUGAUCAGCCCGAUGUGACUGCUCAACCACUAGUUGAUGCUCAUCCAACAGCUAUCAAAUCAGAAACUAUCACUGAAUACUCUACCGAGAAUAUUGUUGCUGAUCAGCCGCAGACUAAUAAAGCCUUUACGCGUCAAGACGCUAUGGAUGAAUUGAUCAUCACCGAGACUAAUAUCGCUGAAACUGAGAAAGAAUGGAACGAGGAGAUGAAACCUCUAGAACACAGUGCUGAUGUUGAUUUCCAGAUUUCUGAAAAUCUUAGCGUCAACCAGCUCAUUACAGUUCUGAAUAGGGAGGAAGACUUCCAAUCAACCGAAAUACCGGCUGAACAAACUGUGAAGUUGAAUCUAACCUCUGGACAUGAAGUCGCACAAACCCAGGAAACAGUCCUCGCUAACACUACUGAAAGUUAUGAGGAGCAAAAGCCCAAGGCGGAAAUAGCGAAACCGAAUCAAACCGGACUCGAUAUAGUUCAGCAAACGGAAAUUACGGUCUCAGAAAUGGAAGCUCCAUUACCAUUGGAUGUGAAACCGGAUGAUAAAAAGGUAGAAGUUACCUUUACUGAAGGUGAAGCUCUUCAGACCACUCUAACACAGGCCGAAGACAAAGAAGGCGUUUACAAAAAAGACGAGAAACCUAAAAGUGCCGAAGCAACAAUUGACCUUGAACUUCAUUCCGUCGCUAGCAAAUUUGAAAUUCGUAGUGAUGUUGGAGUUUCAGAUAUUGAAGUACAAAUUCCUGAAGAAGUAAAAUCGAAGAGUGAGAUUUUGCCCUACCAAACAGCUUUGGCAGAAGAGGUACACACUCGUGAAACUGAAGAACGUUUGAUUGACGAUUAUCCUGCUGGUAGAACAGCGAAUUUGGAUUUCGAAAUCGGUGAAGGUGUUCAAGUAUCAGACGUUAUUGCUCAAGAUAAAGAGGGUUUGUUACCUGACACCGAGAAACCGUCAGUUAAAUCCGCUACUUUUGACAUUCCAGCUCAUAUUGUUGCUGAAUCGAGUGAAACAACUGUCGAAAGUAACGUUGGUGAAUUUACAAAAACCAGUGUUGAAUCAGCUACUGCAACAGCUGAUCACAUCACGUUCCACAGUCUCAUUACAUCCGAAACUGCAACAGGCGAUUUGGAGCAAUCAUUGGAGAACUUUGUGAGACCUGACGAGAAGAAGGUGGAUAUUGCCUUCGUAGAGGACACAAGUAUCACUGUAAUUGAAACCAUCACCUCCGAUAAGGAGAAGGAGUAUACUGGAAAAUUGGAAAUGAUCGAAGAGCAAGCAACUGGUUCCUAUGAUGCACACCGAGUUGCUGAACGAACGGAAAUCAAUCCCGAAGCUUUCCCCGGCGAUUUCGUGGAAGAAAUUCCAAAAUCAUUUACAGCAAAAGAAGAACGUCUUCCGUUUGAGAGUAUCCAGCAAACAGAGGCUGUGAUUUCAGAAAAAGAAAUGGAAUUCAAGGAGAAACCUCUAGUUACAGGUAACACUGCCAGUGUUGCAAUUGGAGACAACAUAGGCGUACCGAUCGUCACCGAAGUGAUCACUGAAGACAAAGAAACUUCUUUGGCCGCUCUCGAAAAACCAAGUGAACGAUCCGCAACAGUCGAACUAUCAGGUCAUCAUGUAAUUGCCGAAAAAAUGGAGAUUACCAUCGACUCGAGUACCGGCGAUCUGGAAGAAUUGAAAACAUCAGUAGCUUCAGCAAAACCUUCGCAUAUUCCACUUGAAACUGUCCUGCAGUCAGAAAUUGAAGUCACCGAGUCUGAAGGAAUCUAUGAAGGUGACAAAAAAGCCUUGGAAGCAACAGCUGACGUUGGAAUCAUCGAAGAGAAAGGUGUACAAGUAUCAACAGUCACUCUCGAAGACAAGGAGGGAGAAUACAAACCGAAAGAACUCCCCUCUGCGAAAACAGCUGACAGAAAUUUGGUAGACGGUCACGUUGUUGCCGAAGUCUCGGAAAAUAUUGUAGACAUCAGUACUAGUGAAUUAGAGAAACAGAAACUUGCUACCAAACAGGAAGCACUCACUACGAUCGUUACCGAACACAGUUCAGUUGAAACCACUCAAAUUGAAUCCCAAGUUAGUAUUCCAGACAAGAAACAAAAAGACGUACCGUUCAGUCUCCAAAAAGCUUCACCAGAACAAGACACAUUCGAAAGUAUAACAAUAACAGAGAACGUUGUUGAAGAAUCCGAGAAGCCAUUUGAAGGAGUCUUUAAAGCUCCUUCCCAAACUGUGGACAUCAACAUCCAGGAAGUUAAAUCACUCGAAAUCUGCGAAACUUUGACUCAGGACAAGGAAGACACGUUCUUCAGUUCUAAACUUGAGGAGCAAACUGUAAAAACUGAAUUUGACUCCCUGUCAUCUGUGAUCGUAUCACAGACUGUUUGUGACGAAACGGAGAAUGCUUUGCCAAGUCCUGAUGUUCCAACCGAACGGACAGCGCAAGCUGAUCUAUUUGGCAGAGAAGCGGCAGAGACUAUUCAAAUACUACCAGUCGACAACGCCAAAGAACUUCUAAAAACCAUAGCUCCUAAAGAAGAGAAAGGCAAACCAACAGUCGAUGAAUUCUCAUCUCUAGUAAUCUCGGAAAUUACAUCCAACGAACUGGAAGAUGUCCUCCCAAGUAUGGAAGUCCCAACUCAAAAGACAGCCGAAACUCAACUACUUGGUAGAGACGUUGCCCAAACUUCGGAAGUCCUUUCAAUUGCAAACGUAGGUGAGUUCGUAAAAGACAAAUUACCAGACGAACAGAAAGGUACUCCUGGUCUUGAAGAACAUUCAUCGGUCAUGGUCUCACAAAUCACGUCCAAUGAAUCAGAAGACGUGCUUCCUAGUCCAGAAGUGCCAAGUACAAAGACAGCACAACCUAAUCUGAUCGGACGAGAAGUAGCCGAAACAUCGGAAGUCCUAACAGUAGCCGACGUCCAGGAAUUCGAAAAAACCAAAAUUCCUGACGAACAAACGGGAAAACCACAAUUGGAUACUUUACCAUCGGCAACAAUUACCGAAACCCUAUCAAGUGAAGCUACUGAACUUCUGCCUAGUGCCGAACUUCCGUCAGAGAAGUUGGCGAAACCCGACAUCUCAGGUCGUGAAAUAGCAGAAACAUCCGAAGUCCAAACAGUAGCCAACGUUGAGGAAAUGAAGAAACCCGAAGUUCCUGAUAUGCAAAAGGGUAGACCCGAAUACGAAACCCUGACAACUUCCAUAGUCUCCCAAACAGAUUACCACGAAGCUGAAGACAAUCUUCCUGAAGCUCAAAAACCAAGUAGCAAAGUAGCUCAACCAUCCUUAUCGGGUCAAGAUAUCGCAGAGACCCUAGAAGUUCUAACCAUGUCCAACGUACAAGAACUGCUCGAAACCAUAAAACCAGAGGAACAGAAAGGUAUUCCAGAAUUGGAAGAGUUCAAAUCUAUCACAGUUUCGCAAAUUAUCUCCAAUGAAGUUGAAGAUGUUUUGCAACAACCCGAAGUUCCUAGUAUGAAGACUGCUUUGUUCGAUUUACUUGGAAGGGAAGUGGCCGAAACGUCCGAAGUCUUAACAGUAGCCGACGUCCAGGAGUUUGAAAAAACCAAAAGUCCCGAUGAGCAGCAAGGAAAACCGCAACUGGAUACCUUACCAUCGGCCACAAUUACCGAAACCCUAUCAAGUGAAGCUACUGAAAAUCUGCCUAGUGCCGAAGUUCCGUCAGAGAAGACAGCGAAACCCGACAUCUUAGGUCGUGAAAUAGCCGAAACGACUGAAGUCCAAACGGUCGCUAACGUAGAAGAAAUGAAGAGACCCGAACUUCCCGAAGAGCAAAAAGGAAGCACUGAAUACGAACUUUUGACUACUUCCGUAACUUCUCAAGCGCAGUUACACGAAGCUGAGGCUAUUCUUCCAGAAGCAGAGAAACCAACCUCUAAGUUAGCUCAACCAAGUUUGUCUGGUCAUGACAUCGCAGAAACAUUAGAAGUCCUAACCAUGUCCAACGUGCAAGAAUUACUAGAAACCUUGAAACCUGAUGAGCAGAAAGGAAUUCCUGAGUUGGAGGAGUUUAGAUCCAUCACAGUUUCACAAAUCAUCUCCAAUGAAGUUGAAGAUGUUUUACAACAACCUGAAAUUCCCACUAUGAAGACAGCUUUGUUCGAUUUACUCGGAAGGGAAGUGGCCGAAACAUCCGAAGUCCUAACAGUAGCCGAUGUCCAGGAGUUCGAAAAAACCAAAAGUCCUGAUGAGCAGCAAGGAAAACCGCAACUGGAUACCUUACCAUCGGCAACAAUUACCGAAACACUGUCAAGUGAGGCUACUGAACUUCUGCCUAGUGCCGAAGUUCCGUCAGAGAAGACAGCGAAACCCGACAUCUUAGGUCGUGAAAUAGCCGAAACAUCCGAAGUCCAAACAGUAGCCAACGUAGAAGAAAUGAAGAGACCCGAACUUCCCGAAGAGCAAAAAGGAAACACUGAAUACGAACUUUUGGCUACUUCUGUAACUUCCCAAGCGCAACUACACGAAGCUGAGGCUACUCUCCCAGAAGCUGAAAAACCAACCUCCAAGUUAGCUCAACCAACUUUGACUGGCCACGACAUCGCAGAAACACUCGAAGUCUUAACCAUGUCCAACGUUGAGGAUCUUUUCGAAGAAAUUAAACCAGAUGAACAAAAACUAAAGACCAAACAACCGGAAAUGAUCGGAAGAGAAAUAGCCGAGACUUCCGAAGUUCUGACAAUAUCAAACGCCGAAGAUCUUGCACAGCAGAAAGUACCACUUGAACAGAAAGGCGAAAUUCAGAUUAAUACAAUGCUGUCCUUGACUGUUUCUCAAGUCAUCUCCGAUGAAGCUAAAGACGUGUUGCCAAGUCCCGAAAUUCCGACCUCAUCCAAUGCCCAAUCAAAUUUGUUCGGUAGGGAAGCAGCCCAAGUUUCAGAAGUCCUCACUGUUAGUAGCGUUAGCGAACUGGAAAGACCACUUAAACCUGAAGAGCAGAAAGGUAAACCGGAAUUGAAUGAACUGUUAUCCGUGACGGUAUCACAAAUAAUCUCCAACGAACAGGAAGACACUCUACCUGAAGCAAGUGUUCCAUCAACCAAAGUAGCUGAAUCCAGUUACCUAGGACGAGAAAUUGCCGAAACAUCUCAAAUUGUAACCCUAAAUGAAACUGAAGAGUUCUUAAGACCAAAGUUACCGGAAGAACAAACCGGUGUAUCUAAAGUAGACGUUCUGUCACCACUCAUCAUUUCCGAAUCAAUUUCCAACGAAAUUGGUGAACAGUUAUCAACCACCGAACUUCCGGAUCAAAAGAAGGCGGAACCAAGUAUGACCGGACGGGAAAUUGCAGAAACUAGUGAAGUAUCAACAGUUUCGAGUGUUGGAGAGUUCGCUAAACCAAAAGCGCCUGAAGGACAAAGAGGAAUACCACAAUUGGAAGAAUUAUCAUCAAUCAUUGUCUCUCAAUCUCUAUCGCAUGAAACGGAAGAAAUUCUCCCCAAGGAUGAGAAACCCUCCGAAAAAACAGCAAUUACAAAUCUCUUCGGUCGAGACAUUGCCGAAACUCUAGAAGUACAAACAGUCUCAACCGUUGAAGAAUUCACGAAAUCAGUUGGUCCUGAUGAACAAAAGAGCAAACCGGAACUAGAAGAAUUAUCAUCAUUAUUAGUAUCGCAAGUAAUUUCUCACGAAGCUGAAGACGUUCUACCAAGUCCAGAAGUUCCGAGCACGAAACAAGCCCAACCGAAUCUAUUUGGUCGAGAGAUUGCCCAAACUUCAGAAGUGAUAACAGCAUCAACUGUUGAAGAUCUCGAGAAAUCGAAACUUCCCGAGGAGCAAAUAGGCACGAAAAUGUUGGACGUUCACUCAUCUCUAAUCGUUUCCCAAACGGUUUCAACAGAACGAGAAGAUUUACUCCCCGGUUCUGAAAAGCCAUCUGAAAAAAUUGCCCAACCCAGUUUAUCUGGUCGAGAAAUUGCCGAAACGAGUGAAACCCUAACAAUGACAAAUGCUGAAGAUUUGAGUAGAACAAUACAUCCGAAUGAGGAGAAAGGUUCUCCUGAAUGGGACGUAUUGUCCUCAGUUACUGUUUCAGAAAUAGUUUCACAAGAAGCUGAACAAACACUCCCGGAAGCAACAAAACCAAGUGAAUUUACAGCUCUUCCUAAUUUACUCGGCAGAGAAGCACCAGAAGUCACGGAACACUUAACAGUCACUUCCGCUCAAGAUUUCACCAAAGCUGAAUUACCCGAAGAACAAAGGAGUAAAAUGACACUGGAUGCUCUAUCAACCUUGACAGUUUCUCAAGUCGUGAUCAAUGAAACUGAAGAAACCUUUGUUGAAACGAAACUUCCUAGUGAAAUGACAGCUCAAACAAAUAUUGGCAGUACGGAAGCAACUCAGGUUCUCCAAGUUCUUGCAGUAACACGAGCUGAUGAAUUCGCCGACACCUUCAAACCAGAUGUUCAGAAAGGAACAGGCGAAGUCGAAGAAAUGACAUCUCUAACUGUAUCGCAAGUAAUAACCACUGAAUUCGAAGGCGACUUAAAAGCACCCGAUGUUCCUGAUGAAAAGACAGCAUCCACGAACAUCUCCGGAAGAGAGGUGGCCGAAACUUCGGAAAUACAAACAGUAAUCGAAACUGAAGAGUUCAUCAAACCCAAACUUCCUGAACAACAACAGGGAGUUCAGAACAUAAACGAACUAAUAUCACUAACAAUUUCCCAAAAUGUUCUCAGUGAACUCGAAGAUAUAUUCUCCUCUCCCUCCGCUCCUAGUGAGAAAACAGCUCGACCAAGUCUAACCGGAAUUGAUGUCGCCGAAACAACGCAGAUACAAACUCUAAUAAGUACUUCAGAACUAUUAAAGGAUCAAGUUCCAGAAACCCAAGCUGGCAAACCGCAAGUAGAAGAGAUGUCCUCAAUUAUCAUCUCCCAAAUCCUCUCCAACGAGAAUGAGGAAAACUUACCAACUUCAGAAAAACCCGAUCAAAAAACAGCACAAGUCGACAUUUCCUCUCUCGAGACUGCCUCAAAAUUGGAAAUCGAGACUGUAACAACAACCAAGGAGUUCGUCGGGCAAGAAAAACCGGAAACACAGUCCGGUACAACAGAAUUCGAAAAGAUGAAUUUCAUCUCCGUUUCUGAGACAAUUCUCAACGAAUCCGAAGAAAUCUUGACAACUUCUGAAGUACCAAAAGGUCAAUCGGCAAUUCCAAAUAUUCCCGGCAUCGAAGCAGCGGAAACAACGGAAAUUCUAACAUUCACAAGUUCGGAAAAAUUGAAAACAACCGAACAACCUGAAGAGCAGAAAGGAAAAGUAAACCUCGAAGAAAUGUCGUCACUGACAAUAUCCGAGGUGACGUCCAAUGAAAAUGAAAAAUCCCUCCCACGAGACGAAGUACCAACAUCACAAACGGCUCAAAUGAUUAUUCCCAGUCAAACGACAAUAGAAACAACCGAAACAAUUACAGCAACAAGUACCAGAGAUCUUCCAGAAUCAGCAAAACCUGACUUCAAACAAAUAUUACCCGAGCAAAUACCAUUUGAAAAUUUACAGCAAACACAAAAUAUUGUCCAAGAAAGUGAAUCGACUCUUACCAUUGAAAGAAAAUCCUCCAUUGCCCAAGCUGAAAUCAGUUUUCGAGUUUCUGAAAGUUUAGAAGUAACGCAAGUAACAGCUACCGAAAAAGAGUCCAAAGAAGUUAUCAAGGGAGUCGCUAAAGAAGGUAGUGCUCAACCCGACGUUGUUGAUCGUAAAGUAGCAGUUAAAACAGAAGUUUUACCUGGAGACAUUGCUUCAGAAUUCUAUCCCGAAAAACCAUCGACUAAAACAGCUAGCGAAACGAAAGACAUCAAACACAGCAUUAUUGUCACAGAUUUAGGUACCACUGAUGAACGUGAGUUAGAUCUUUUGCAAACUAUGAAGUCAUCUUCCAAAACAGCCUAUAUUACUAUCGAAGAUGAACAUAUGGAGAGUAUAAAAGAAACCACAGAAGCACGAGUUGAACAUCAAACUUUAUUAACACAACACACUAAAAAACACGUACACCCAGAAACAGUUAAACAAGAAAGCAUUGAUUCUGACACAGAGGUAACACAAGAAUAUACAACAACUUUCAGAAGAGGAAGUAAAGAUGGUCAAAAUGAUGCCAUUAAAACAAGAAAAACAAUAAUUAGAAAAAAGAAACCACAAACAGGAAGUGAAGACAAAGCAGUUGUGAUUGAAGAGGAAAUUGAAAACAUCAAAUCUCAAUUACCAACGAUACCGAAGAAACAAUUUAUGGCUAUUGAAGAAGUUACAGACGCACAAGACAUAGAGGAAAUUAAACCCACAAUAGUAGAAGAAGUUGAAGAAAUUACACAGGAGAAUGAAGAGCAAGAAGAAGUACCAUAUACAGAUGAGACUGUAAAAAUUAAAGAAAAGCCCACUAAAAAGAAAACAGUUAACAAAUUAAAACCUAAGACAACAAAAGACGUAAAGGAAGAAAAGACACCUUCAGUUGAAAUUCUAAAAAAACCAGAAGAAGAAACUGUAAAGGAACAAAUUAUUACAACUCUGCCAAUUAAAAAAUCCAUAACGCCAUCAGAAGUGGAAACAGUUAAGGAGCAGAUAACAAUUACUGAAGAAAUAACCAAGCAAGGUAAAUCAAGAAAAGUUACAAGAAAGAAGAUAAUCAGGAGAAAAGGUAAAAACCAAAAAGUAACAGAAAUAGUAACAAUAGAAGAGGAAGGAAAGGUUCCUAUCACAAAAGUUAUUGAGAAACCAGAAGAAGAAGUAACAGAAGAGAUAAUUGAAGACAUGCCAGUAGCAGAGUUUGUAAAACCUUCAGAGGUUGAGUCAAUUAAAGAACAAGUAACAGUCACUGAAGAGAUUACGAAGCAAGGCAAGCCAAGAAGAGUAACUAAGAAAAAAGUGAUCCGAAGGAAAGGAAGGAAACAACAAGUAACAGAAACAGUAACAGUUGAAGAAGAAGGAAAGGCACCAGUUACUGAAGUAAUUAAAAAACCAGAAGAAGAAAUAACUGAUGAGUUAAUUGAGGAUUUACCAGUUGAAAAAUUUGUUAAACCUUCAGAAGUGGAAUCAGUAAGAGAACAAGUAACAGUAACUGAAGAAAUUACAAAACAAGGCAAACCGAGAAAAGUAACAAAGAAAAAGGUGAUUAGAAGAAAAGGAAAGAAGCAACAAGUAACAGAAACAGUAACAAUUGAAGAAGAAGGAAAGGCUCCGAUCAUUGAAGUUAUUGAGAAACCAGAAGAAGAAGUAACUGAUGAAUUUAUUAAGAAAAUGCCUGUUACACAGUUUGUAAAACCAUCCGAAGUAGAAUCAGUUAAAGAACAAGUAACAGUCACUGAAGAAAUUACUAAUCAAGGCAAGCCAAGAAAAGUAACAAAGAAAAAAGUGAUCCGAAGAAAAGGAAAAAAGCAGCAAGUAACAGAAACAGUAACAGUUGAAGAAGAAGGAAAAUCACCAGUUACUGAAGUCAUUGAAAAACCAGAAGAAGAAGUAACUGAUGAGUUAAUUGAGGAUUUACCAGUUAAAAAGUUUGUUAAACCUUCAGAAGUGGAAUCAGUAAGAGAACAAGUAACAGUAACUGAAGAAAUUACAAAACAAGGCAAACCGAGAAAAGUAACAAAGAAGAAGGUGAUAAGAACAAAAGGAAAGAAGCAUCAAGUAACAGAAACUGUUACUGUUGAAGAAGAAGGAAAAGCUCCAGUUACAGAAGUUAUUGAAAAACCUGAAGAGGAAGUAACUGAUGAAUUUAUUAAAGAAAUACCUGUUACACAGUUUGUAAAACCAUCAGAAGUAGAAUCAGUUAAAGAACAAGUAACAGUUACGGAAGAAAUUACUAAGCAAGGCAAGCCACGAAAAGUAACGAGGAAGAAGGUGAUAAGAACAAAAGGAAAGAAGCAUCAAGUAACAGAAACUGUUACUGUUGAAGAAGAAGGAAAAGCUCCAGUUACUAAAGUUAUUGAAAAACCAGAAGAAGAAGUAACAGAUGACAUCAUAACAGAGAUGCCUGUUGUAGAGUUUGUUAAACUAUCCGAUGUUGAAUCAGUAAAAGAAGAAGUUACAGUCACUAAAGAAGUUACUAAACAAGGCAAGCCCAGAAAAAUAACUAAAAAGAAGGUGAUUAGAAUGAAAGGAAAGAAACAAAAAGUAACAGAAACUGUUACAGUUGAAGAAGAAGGAAAGGCUCCGAUUAUUAAAGUUAUUGAAAAACCAGAAGAAGAAGAAGUAACUGAUGAGUUGAUUGAGGAUUUACCAGUUAAAAAGUUUGUCAAACCUUCAGAAGUGGAAUCAGUAAGAGAAUAUGUAACAGUAACUGAAGAGAUUACUAAACAAGGCAAGCCACGAAAAGUAACUAAGAAGAAGGUAAUUAGAAGAAAAGGAAAGAAGCAACAAGUAACAGAAACUGUAACUGUUGAAGAAGAAGGAAAGGCACCAGUUACUGAAGUUAUUGAGAAACCAGAAGAAGAAGUAUUUGAAGAAACGAUUGAAGAGUUGCCAUCCAAAGAGUUUGUUAAACCAUCUGAGGUAGAAUCAGUGAAAGAACAAGUCACAGUCACUGAAGAGAUUACUAAACAAGGCAAGCCACGAAAAGUAACAAAGAAAAAAAUGAUCCGAAGGAAAGGAAGGAAACAACAAGUAACAGAAACUGUUACUGUUGAAGAAGAUGGAAAAGCUCCAGUUACUGAAGUCAUUGAAAAACCUGAAGAAGAAGUAACUGAUGAGUUGAUUGAGGAUUUACCAGUUGAAAAGUUUGUCAAACCUUUAGAAGUGGAAUCAGUAAGAGAACAUGUAACAGUAACUGAAGAGAUUACUAAACAAGGCAAGCCACGAAAAGUAACUAAGAAGAAGGUAAUUAGAAGAAAAGGAAAGAAGCAACAAGUAACAGAAACUGUAACUGUUGAAGAAGAAGGAAAGGCACCAGUUACUGAAGUUAUUGAGAAACCAGAAGAAGAAGUAUCUGAAGAAACGAUUGAAGAGUUGCCAUCCAAAGAGUUUGUUAAACCAUCUGAGGUAGAAUCAGUGAAAGAACAAGUCACUGUCACUGAAGAGAUUACUAAACAAGGCAAACCACGAAAAGUUACUAAGAAAAAGGUCAUUAGAAGGAAAGGACAAAAGCAACAAGUAACUGAAACUGUAACUGUUGAAGAAGAAGGAAAAGCACCUGUUACAGAAGUUAUUGAAAAACCUGAAGAGGAAGUAACUGAUGAAUUUAUUAAAGAAAUACCUGUUACACAGUUUGUAAAACCAUCAGAAGUAGAAUCAGUUAAAGAACAAGUAACAGUUACGGAAGAAAUUACUAAGCAAGGCAAGCCACGAAAAGUAACGAGGAAGAAGGUGAUUAGAAGGAAAGGAAAGAAACAACAAGUAACAGAAACUGUAACUGUUGAAGAAAAAGGAAAGGCACCAGUUACUGAAGUUAUUGAGAAACCAGAAGAAGAAGUAUUUGAAGAAACGAUUGAAGAGUUGCCAUCUGAAGUGUUUGUUAAACCAUCUGAGGUAGAAUCAGUGAAAGAAUAUGUCACAGUCACAGAAGAGAUAACUAAGCAAGGCAAGCCACGAAAAGUAACGAGGAAGAAGGUGAUUAGAAGGAAAGGACAGAAGCAACAAGUAACAGAAACAGUAAUAAUUGAAGAAGAAGGAAAGGCUCCAGUUACUGAAGUCAUUGAAAAACCAGAAGAAGAAGUAACUGAUGAGUUAAUUGAGGAUUUACCAGUUGAAAAGUUUGUUAAACCUUCAGAAGUGGAAUCAGUAAGAGAACAAGUAACAGUAACUGAAGAAAUUACAAAACAAGGCAAACCGAGAAAAGUAACGAAGAAGAAGGUGAUAAGAACAAAAGGAAAGAAGCAACAAGUAACAGAAACUGUUACUGUUGAAGAAGAAGGAAAAGCUCCAGUUACUAAAGUUAUUGAAAAACCAGAAGAAGAAGUAACAGAUGACAUCAUAACAGAGAUGCCUGUUGUAGAGUUUGUUAAACCAUCCGAAGUUGAAUCAGUAAAAGAAGAAGUUACAGUCACUGAAGAAGUUACUAAACAAGGCAAGCCCAGAAAAAUAACUAAAAAGAAGGUGAUUAGAAGGAAAGGAAAGAAACAACAAGUAACAGAAACAGUAAUAAUUGAAGAAGAAGGAAAGGCACCAGUUACUGAAGUUAUUGAGAAACCGGAAGAAGAAGUAACUGAUGAGAUCAUAAAACACAUGCCUGUUGUAGAGUUUGUUAAACCAUCUGAUGUUGAAUCAGUAAUAGAACAAGUUACUGUCACUGAAGAAGUUACUAAACAAGGCAAGCCAAGAAAAGUAACAAAGAAAAAAGUGAUCCGAAGGAAAGGAAGGAAACGACAAGUAACAGAAACAGUAACAGUUGAAGAAGAAGGAAAGGCACCAGUUACUGAAGUUAUUGAGAAACCAGAAAAAGAAGUAUCUGAAGAAACGAUUGAAGAGUUGCCAUCCGAAGAGUUUGUUAAACCAUCUGAGGUAGAAUCAGUGAAAGAACAAGUCACAGUCACUGAAGAGAUUACUAAACAAGGCAAGCCACGAAAAGUUACUAAGAAAAAGGUCAUUAGAAGGAAAGGACAAAAGCAACAAGUAACUGAAACUGUAACUGUUGAAGAAGAAGGAAAAGCACCUGUUACAGAAGUUAUUGAGAAACCUGAAGAGGAAGUAACUGAUGAAUUUGUUAAGGAAAUACCUGUUACACAGUUUGUAAAACCAUCAGAAGUAGAAUCAGUUAAAGAACAAGUAACAGUUACGGAAGAAAUUACUAAGCAAGGCAAGCCACGAAAAGUAACUAAGAAAAAAGUGAUCAGGAAGAAAGGAAAGAAACAACAAAUAACAGAAACUGUUACUGUUGAAGAAGAAGGUAAAGCACCAGUUACUGAGGUCAUUGAACAACCAGAAGAGGAAGCAACAGAUGACAUCAUAACAGAGAUGCCAGUUAUAGAGUUUGUUAAACCGUCUGAGAUAGAAUCAGUUAAAGAACAAGUAUUAGUAACUGAAGAGAUUACUAAACAAGGCAAGCCACGAAAAGUAACUAAGAAAAAAGUGAUCAGGAGGAAAGGAAAGAAACAACAAAUAACAGAAACUGUUACUGUUGAAGAAGAAGGUAAAGCUCCUAUAACUGAAGUGAUUGAAAAACCUGAAGAAGAAAUAACAGAUGAAAUGAUUGAGGAUUUACCAGUUGAAAAGUUUGUUAAACUUUCAGAUGUGGAAUCUGUAAGAGAACAAGUCACAGUCACUGAAGAGAUUACGAAGCAAGGCAAGCCACGGAAAGUAACUAAGAAGAAGGUGAUUAGAAGAAAAGGAAAGAAACAACAAGUAACCGAAACUGUUACUCUUGAAGAAGAAGGAAAAGCACCAGUUACUGAGGUCAAUAUAAAACCAGAAGAGGAAGCAACAGAUGACAUCAUAACAGAGAUGCCAGUUGUAGAGUUUGUUAAGCCGUCUGAGAUAGAAUCAGUUAAAGAACAAGUAACAGUAACUGAAGAGAUUACUAAGCAAGGCAAGCCACGAAAAGUAACUAAGAAAAAAGUGAUCAGGAGGAAAGGAAAGAAACAACAAAUAACAGAAACUGUUACUGUUGAAGAAGAAGGUAAAGCUCCUAUAACUGAAGUGAUUGAAAAACCUGAAGGAGAAGUAACAGAUGAAAUGAUUGCAGAAGGACCUGUUACAAAGUUUAUAAAACCAUCAGAAGUGGAAUCAGUGAAAGAACAAGUAACUGUAACUGAGGAGAUUACUAAGCAAGGCAAACCAAGGAAAGUAACAAAGAAAAAAGUGAUCCGCAGGAAAGGAAGAAAACAACAAGUAACAGAAACAGUAACAGUUGAAGAAGAAGGAAAGGCACCAGUUACUGAAGUUAUUGAGAAACCGGAAGAAGAAGUAACUGAUGAGUUGAUUGAGGAUUUACCAGUUGAAAAGUUUGUUAAACCUUCAGAAGUGGAAUCUGUAAGAGAACAAGUCACAGUCACUGAAGAGAUUACUAAACAAGGCAAGCCACGAAAAGUUACUAAGAAAAAGGUCAUUAGAAGGAAAGGACAAAAGCAACGAGUAACAGAAACUGUAACUGUUGAAGAAGAAGGAAAAGCACCUGUUACAGAAGUUAUUGAGAAACCUGAAGAGGAAGUAACUGAUGAAUUUGUUAAGGAAAUACCUGUUACACAGUUUGUAAAACCAUCAGAAGUAGAAUCAGUUAAAGAACAAGUAACAGUUACGGAAGAAAUUACUAAGCAAGGCAAGUCAAGAAAAGUAACAAAAAAAAAAGUGAUUCGAAGGAAAGGAAGGAAACAACAAGUAACAGAAACAGUAACAGUUGAAGAAGAUGGAAAGGCACCAGUUACUGAAGUUAUUGAGAAACCAGAAGAAGAAAUAUCUGAAGAAACGAUUGAGGAGUUCCCAUCUGAAGAGUUUGUAAAACCAUCUGAGGUAGAAUCAGUGAAAGAACAAGUCACAGUCACUGAAGAGAUUACGAAGCAAGGCAAGCCACAGAAAGUAACUAAGAAAAAAGUGAUUAGGAGGAAAGGAAAGAAACAACAAAUAACAGAAACUGUUACUGUUGAAGAAGAAGGUAAAGCACCAGUUACUGAGGUCAUUGAAAAACCAGAAGAGGAAGCAACAGAUGACAUCAUAACAGAGAUGCCAGUUGUAGAGUUUGUUAAACCGUCUGAGAUAGAAUCAGUUAAAGAACAAGUAACAGUAACUGAAGAGAUUACUAAACAAGGCAAGCCACGAAAAGUAACUAAGAAAAAAGUGAUCAGGAGGAAAGGAAAGAAACAACAAAUAACAGAAACUGUUACUGUUGAAGAAGAAGGUAAAGCUCCUAUAACUGAAGUGAUUGAAAAACCUGAAGAAGAAGUAACAGAUGAAAUGAUUGUGGAAGGACCUAUUACAAAGUUUAUAAAACCAUCAGAAGUGGAAUCAGUGAAAGAACAAAUAACUGUAACUGAAGAGAUUACUAAGCAAGGCAAACCAAGGAAAGUAACAAAGAAAAAAGUGAUCCGCAGGAAAGGAAGAAAACAACAAGUAACAGAAACAGUAACAGUUGAAGAAGAAGGAAAGGCACCAGUUACUGAAGUUAUUGAGAAACCGGAAGAAGAAGUAUCUGAAGAAACGAUUGAAGAGUUGCCAUCUGAAGAGUUUGUCAAACCUUCAGAAGUGGAAUCUGUAAGAGAAUAUGUAACAGUAACUGAAGAGAUUACUAAACAAGGCAAGCCACGAAAAGUAACUAAGAAGAAGGUAAUUAGAAGGAAAGGAAAGAAGCAAAAAGUAAUAGACACUGUAACUGUUGAAGAAGAAGGAAAGGCACCAGUUACUGAAGUUAUUGAGAAACCAGAAGAAGAAGUAUCUGAAGAAACGAUUGAAGAGUUGCCAUCUGAAGAGUUUGUAAAACCAUCUGAGGUAGAAUCAGUGAAAGAACAAGUCACAGUCACUGAGGAGAUUACGGAGCAAGGCAAGCCAAGAAAAGUAACAAAGAAGAAGUUGAUCAAGAGAAAAGGAAAGAGACAACAAGUAACAGAAACUGUUACUAUUGAAGAAGAAGGAAAGGCCCCAGUUACGGAAGUUAUUGUGAAAUCAGAGGAAGAUGUAACUGAUGAUUUGAAACCUUCUUCAGAUGUUGUGCUACCAUUAGUUCCAAUGAAAAUCAUUAGGAAAGAUGUUAAACCUACUAGAGUAAUUGUUUCGAGGUUUGCUGAUGUUGAACAUUUUGCUGAAGUGAAAUUGAGGAAAACUACUGUAUCGAAAGCUAAAAUUCCAAAAAGUAAGAAAGUCCCAAAAAUUAGGUUAAGAAGUCGUAUUACCUUCAUAAAUGAUUUUCCUGCCGAAUUACAAUUUCUUAAAAUUACUAUGUUGGAGGAAAAUCCAUUGCAAGCUGGUAUUUUAUCAAGAAACACUGAAGAAGCUCUAAAAAUACUGAAACGGAAAUCUAAAAAGUCUAAGUUGCCUGAAAAGGAACUCGCUGAUUUAGAAAAAUUAGACAACGAAUUCGAAGAUUUGAAGAAAAUUCCUUUGGAGCAGGUAGAAGACAAAUCUUUGUAUGAACGAAAACCUAAGAAACCGAAAGAUGAAGAGAAACCAAAAGAUAAAAUCAGAUUAGGUAAAGGAAAAUUCCCUGAUGAACAGAUAGAAACUCCAGAGAAAGUUGAUCUAAAGAAGAUUCCGGAGAAAAAACAUGAGGAAGAAACAGUAGUUUUAAAAAAACCGAAAACAACAGAAACAACUGAAGAUGUUCCUAAAAAGAAAAAAUCUGAAAAGAAGCCAAAACUGAAACCGGCAGACUUCCAACCUACAGAUUUUGAAAGACCAGAACUUGAAGAGUAUGUACCACCAGAGGAAGAAAAACCUGAGAAACCAGAAGAAGAAGAAGUUACGAAACCAUAUAAACGACCAAAGAAAAAGAAACCUGAACCAGAGAUGGAACAAGUUCCAAUCGAGAAGGGCAUACCAAAACCUGAGGAACCAGAAGAACAACCUGAUGUUAAAUUCAGAAUUCCUGUUGGAAAGAAGUCUGAAGAAGUACCUGAAAAAAUUACUCUUAAGCCUUGGAAGAAAGAUAAACCAGAAGAAGAGAAAUCAACUGAAGAAACUCCUGAAUUGAAGUUUACUCCAGAGGAUAAAAAACCUGAAGAAGAAGUGGAGGAAGAAAGUAAGAAGAAACGUAAACCAAAGAAGAAAAUUCCUAAAGGUAAAGAAGAUAAAUCUGACGAAGAAGUUUCUCCUGAUGAUAAUCUUGUUGAAGUUAUUGAUACCAUCACAACUGAAGACAUACUUCCUAACGAAAAGAAACGACGAAUAACCAAAAAGAAGAUAAUAAAAACUCUAAAGGACAAUGUGCCUGAAGUACUUGAAGAGGUUGUGGUAAAGGAAGAAGAUAUAGAUUUAGGUGAAAUUCCUGUAAUUGAAAAAUUCGCUCCUGUUGUGGUUGAAGAAACGCAUGAAGAAGUUUUUAUAUCUGAUGUAAAAACUAAUGAUCAAAAGCCUAGGAAAAUUCGAAAAAAACGUGUUACUAAACUUCGUGAAGGUAAAGCACAAGUUUUGGAAACGAUAACUGUUGAGGAGGAAGGUAAAGAACCAGUUACUACUCUAACUGUUGAUUUUGAAGACACUACUCCAUUACACAAAAAACCGAAACACACUACUUCAACACCACAAAUCCAUGAUGACAAUAAAAAACCAGAAGAUGUAACUGAGGAGAAACAAGAAACAGAAAUCGUUGAAGAAAUCGUGACAAAGAAAAUAAAGAAGAAAACACCACGUAAAGACAAAGAAGAUGUGACUGAAGAAAUUGUAGAGGAACUAAUAACAGAAACUCCAAAGAAACAAAAAGCAAAACCAAUAGUCGAAGAACUUGAUACUGUUGAAAUCACUGAGAUCGAUGUCAAGAAGCUACCUGAUUUAAUCAAGAAAGAAAUUAUAACUGAAGAAGAGGAAAUAAUCGAAAUAAUUCAAACUCCAGAAAAGAAGAUCGUGAAAAAGAAGAAGAAGCCAAUUAAAAAGGGUGAAGUGACGAAAGUAAUUGAAGAGAUAACAGAAACACCGAUUGAAGAUGUAGUCGUGAUGGAGGAACAGGAAAUUGUUGAAAUCAUUGAAACACCCACAAGGAAAGUGAUUCGAAAGAAAAAGGCACAAAUUUCCGAAGACAAUAUACCCGAAGAAUCAAUAGAAGAGAUCGUUAUCGAGAAACCAACCAAGAAGAAAGCAAAACCAAAAAUUGAAGAAUUAGAUACAAUCAAAAUUACAGAAAUUGACGUGAAAAAAUUACCAGAACUAAUCGAGAAAAUUGAAAUCACUGAGGAAGAAGAAAUAAUCGAGGUGACGGAAACUCCAGAAAAGAGAAUUGUGAAAAAGAAGAAGAAACCAACAAAGAAAGGCGAGAAGACAAAAAUAAUUGAAGAAAUAACGGAAACACCAAUUGAAGAUGUCGUCGUCAUGGAGGAACAGGAAAUCAUCGAAAUAAUUGAAACACCAACGAAAAAAAUAGUACGCAAAAAGAAGGCCCAAAUUACCGAAGACAAUAUUCCUGAAGAAACAAUAGAAGAGUUUAUCAUCGACAAACCAUCAAAAGAAAAAGCAAAACCUAAAACUGAAGAAUUAGAUACAAUCAAAAUCACCGAGGUUGACAUUAAAAAAUUACCAGAUUUAAUUGAAAAGGAAAUUGUAACAGAGGAAGAAGAAAUAAUCGAAGUAACUCAAACACCAGAAAAGAAGAUUGUUAAGAAAACGAAGAAACCCAAAAAGAAGGGCGAAAAACCACAGGUAACUGAAGAAAUAACCGAAACUCCAAUUGAAGAUGUCAUUGUCAUGGAAGAGCAGGAAAUAAUAGAAAUAAUCGAAACACCAACAAAGAAAAUAAUACGAAAGAAAACAGCCCAAAUAUCCGAAGACAAAAUUCCGGAGGAAAUGAUCCAUGAAAUUAUUAUCGAAAAGCCAACAAAGAAGAAAGCUAAACCAAAAGUAGAAAAACUUGAAAAAGCCGAAAUUACAGAAAUCGACGUUAAAAAAUUGCCAGAUCUGAUUAAAAAAGAAAUUGUAACGGAGGAAGAAGAAAUUAUCGAAAUUACUCAAACACCAGAGAAAAAGAUCGUAAAGAAAAAGAAGAAACCAACAAAGAAAGGCGAAGAAACAAAGGUAAUUGAAGAAGUAACCGAAACACCAAUUGAAGAUGUCAUCGUCAUGGAGGAACAAGAAAUUGUCGAAAUCGUUGAAACACCCACAAAGAAAAUUAUACGCAAAAAGAAAGCCCGUAUCACCGAAGAUAAAAUGCCCGAAGAAACAAUUCAGGAAAUUGUCAUCGAAAAGCCAAUAAAGAAGAAAGCGAAACCUAAAGUUGAGGAAUUGGAUACAGCAAAAAUAACUGAAAUCGAUGUGAAAAAGUUACCAGACUUAAUAAAGAAAGAAGUUGUAACAGAAGAAGAGGAAAUAAUCGAAGUGAUUGAAACACCAGAAAAGAAGAUUGUUAAGAAAAAGAAGAAACCAACGAAGAAGGGUGAAAAACCAGUGAUUACUGAAGAGAUCACAGAAACUCCGAUCGAGGAUGUAAUUGUCAUGGAGGAGCAAGAAAUUGUCGAAAUUAUCGAAACACCAACAAAGAAAAUCAUUCGAAAAAAGAAAGCACACAUUACUGAAGAUAAUAUUCCAGAGGAAACAAUUGAAGAAAUAGUAAUCGAUAAGCCUUCCAAAAAGAAAGCGAAACCAAUUGUUGAAGAAUUGGAAACUGUACAAAUUACGGAAAUUGACGUUAAAAAGUUACCGGAUCUAAUUAAGAAAGAAAUUGUAACAGAGGAGGAAGAAAUUAUCGAAGUGACUCAAACACCAGAGAAGAAGAUUGUAAAGAAGAAGAAGAAACCAACAAAGAAGGGCGAAGAAACAAAGGUAUUUGAAGAAGUAACCGAAACACCAAUUGAAGAUGUCGUCGUUAUGCAGGAACAGGAAAUUGUCGAAAUUAUCGAAACACCCACAAAGAAAAUCAUACGAAAGAAGAAGGCACGAAUCACCGAGGACAAAGUUCCUGAAGAAACAAUCCAGGAGAUUGUUAUCGAGAAGCCACUAAAGAAGAAAGCAAAGCCCAAACUUGAGGAACUUGAUACUGCAGAAAUAAUAGAAGUAAACAUCAAGGAAAUUCCAGAUUUGUUAACGAAAGAAGAUAUAAUAGAAGAUGAGAUCAUUCAAGUGAUCGAAACACCAGAAAAACGGAUAGUAAAGAAGAAGAAGAAACCAACUAAAAAGGGAGAGGAAGAAAAGGUUAUUGAAGAAAUCACUGAUACACCAAUUGAAGAUACGAUAAAAAUGGUGGAACAAGAAAUUGUCGAAAUUAUCGAAACACCAACAAAGAAAGUUGUUAAGAAGAAAAAGAAAAAGGCUCUGCCAUCUGAAGAUACUAUUCCCGAUGAAGUUAUCGAAGUAAUUGUACUCGACAAACCAACCGAAAAAAUAGCUCACGCUUUUGUUGAUGAAAAUGAAGCAGUCGAAAUAACAGAAGUUAUCCUUCAGGACGAAACCAAAGAAAUUGAAGUAAAGAAACCAAAGAAAGUGAAAGCAAAGAAGGAAGUUAUUCCCAAGGACAGUAUAACAACAACAGAAAUAAUUCCCGAGCAAAAAACAGAUGAUAUUCCUGAAGAAAUCCCACAAACUGAGGAAGCAUUGGAAACAGUUGAUCAACCCGAGAAAGUCAAGAUAACAGGUAUUCUUGUACAGGAUUCAAAGAGGCGAAAAGUUAAAAAGAAGGUUACAAUUGAAGAACGUCCGACGGAGAAGGAAAUUAGUCCCGAAAGACCCGAAGAAUCAGCACCCGAAGAAAUAACAGUCGAAACUGAAAAGAUUACCGAAGAACAAGAAGUCACAGAAAAGAAGAUAAAAAAGAAAAAGAAGAAACCAACUCCAAAGAAAGAAGAAAUCGAAGAAUGGGUAGAACCGGAAUAUGAAAGACCAGUUCUAGAACCUAUACCAGAGAAAGUGCCAUUUGUACCCAGUAAGAAACGAAAAGAAAAAUUACCAGCUCCUCAGAAAGCAGAGCAAUUGGUUCCAAUUGAAAUAGAAAGAAAGGAGAUCAAACCAACCAAACUAGUUUACUCCAAACCCACUGAAGUUGUCCAAUUUGCUGAAAUUAAGUUAAAGAAGGUUACAAUUCCAAAACGACGAGAGUCCAAGAGCACAAAGGUUCCAAAAAUAAGACUAAAGAGUCGUAUUACAUUUAUUGAUGAUUUCCCUUCGAAACUUCAACUACCAACAAUCACAAUUAUAGAAGAAAAUCCUAUUCAAGUUGGAGAACUAUCACGAAAUGCAGAAGAAGCUCUAGAAGUUCUGAAGAAAAAAUACAAGAAACCGAAAUUACCAAAGAAGGAAAUUACCGAUUUGGAAAAGUUGGAUCAAGAAUUUGAGGAAUUGAAGAAGGUUCCUCUUGAGCAGAUUGAGGAUAAAUCUAUUUACGAACGUCAACCUAAAAAACCAAAGGAGGAAGAAAAGCCUAAAGAGAAGAUAAAAAUAGGCAAGGGUAAAGUUCCAGAGAAGGAGGAAGAGCAACCGGAAGAUGUAAAAUUGAAAAAGAUUCCGGAAAAGGUACCAGAGGAAGAGGUAACUAUUCCCAAGAAACCGAAACCUACUGAAACAACCGAAGAGGUCCCGAAAAAGAAGAAAUCCGAAAAGAAACCAAAACUAAAACCGGAAGACUUCCAACCGACAGAUUUCGAAAGACCGGAACUUGAAGAGUAUGUACCACCAGAGGAAGAGAAACCUGAAAAACCAGAAGAAGAGGAUGUUACCAAACCAUAUAAACGUCCAAAGAAGAAGAAACCUGAACCAGAAUUAGAACAAGUUCCGAUCGAAAAAGGAAUUCCUAAACCACAAGAACCGGAAGAACAACCAGAUGUUAAAUUCCGAAUUCCCGUUGGUAAGAAACCGGAAGAAGUACCUGAAGAAAUUACCCUCAAGCCUUGGAAGAAAGAGAAACCAGAAGAAGAAAAAUCGGCCGAAGAAUCUCCAGAAUUGAAGUUUAUUCCUGAGGAUAAAAAACCUGAUGAAGAAGUCGAAGAAGAAGUGACUAAGCCCAAAACAAAGAAGAAGGUACCAAAGGAAAAGAAAGUCAAACCAAAGGAUGUUGAACUACCAACUGAAAAGGAUGCAAUUACCGAAGAACUACAAGAAGUUGAAGAAAUAACCGAAGACGUAAUUUUCACCAAACCAGAAAAGUCCAAAGGCAAAAAGAAGGUAAUCCCCAAAGAGACUCUUGAGACAACCGAAGUUGUUCUAGACGAAACUUUAGAACAAUUAUCAGAAGUAGUACCAACUGAAGAGACAGCAAAACCAACUGAAGAAGAAAAGGAAGAAGAAUUGAUCAUCACCGAAACUCCAACUGCUAAGGUACCUAAGAAGAAAAAGAAGAAAGUUCCAACAGAAACGCCUGAAGAUGUUGAAAAACCAACAGAAGUUGCUCCUGAAGAAACACCCGAAGAGAAAGUUCCAGAGAUCGUAGACUCAACUAAAGAAGAAGAGGAAGAAGUAACUGAAAUCAAAACUGAAAAGGUAAAAAAGAAAAAGAAGAAAGUCCCAACCGAAAAAUUGGAAGACCAAGAAAAACCAUCCGAAGCAGCUCCUGAAGAAAUUCCAGAGGCAGAAAUUGAAAAACAACCUACAGAAGAACAAGAAGUAACUGAAAUUGUUCCUGAAGAGCAACCAUCAGAAGAAGUGACAGAAAAGAAGUUGAAAAAGAAAAAGAAGAAACCUGCAAAGAAGGAUGACAUUUACGAUUGGGUUGAACCAGAGUACGAAAGACCUGUCUUGGAACCAAUGCCAGAAAAAAUUGAAUUCACACCAAGUAAGAAAAAGAAACUUCCAAAGCCGGUUCCUGAAAGUGCGCAACAGUUAACUCCCAUCACAAUAGAACGUAAAGAAAUUAAACCCACAAAAUUAAUUUACUCUCAACCAUCAGAAGUUGUUCAAUUUGCUGAAAUAAAACUAAAGAAAGCUCCCGCUCCAAAACGACGUGAGUCCAAGAGCGCAAAGGUUCCUAAAAUAAGACUAAAGAGUCGCAUUACAUUCAUCGAUGAUUUCCCUUCAAAACUUCAACUACCACAAAUAACCAUUUUGGAGGAAAAUCCAAUUCAGGUAGGAGAACUAUCAAGAAAUGCAGAAGAAGCUCUAGAAGUUCUGAAGAAAAAAUACAAGAAGCCGAAAUUACCAAAGAAGGAAAUUACCGAAUUGGAAAAGUUGGAUCAAGAAUUUGAGGAAUUGAAGAAGGUCCCUCUUGAGCAACUUGAGGACAAAUCUAUUUACGAACGCCAACCUAAGAAACCCAAAGAGGAAGAAAAACCCAAGGAAAAAAUAAAAAUAGGUAAAGGUAAAGUUCCGGAGAAGGAGGAAGAGCAACCGGAAGAUGUAAAAUUGAAAAAGAUUCCAGAAAAGGUACCAGAGGAAGAGGUAACUAUUCCCAAGAAACCGAAACCUACCGAAACAACCGAAGAGGUCCCGAAAAAGAAGAAAUCCGAAAAGAAACCAAAACUAAAACCGGAGGACUUCCAACCAACAGAUUUCGAAAGACCGGAACUUGAAGAGUAUGUACCACCAGAGGAAGAAAAACCUGACAAACCAGAAGAAGAGGAUGUUACCAAACCAUAUAAACGUCCAAAGAAGAAGAAACCUGAACCAGAAUUGGAACAAGUUCCGAUCGAAAAAGGAAUUCCUAAACCACAAGAACUGGAAGAACAACCAGAUGUUAAAUUCCGAAUUCCCGUUGGUAAGAAACCGGAAGAAGUACCUGAAGAUAUUACUCUUAAGCCUUGGAAGAAAGAGAAACCAGAAGAAGAAAAGGUUUCCGAAGUAGAGGCGGAUCUUAAAUUCAAACCUGAAGACAAACAACCAGAUGAGGAAGUGGAAGAAGAAGUCACUAAAACCAAAAUAAAGAAGAAGGUACCAAAGGAAAAGAAAGUCAAACCAAAGGAUGUUGAACUACCAGCUGAAAAGGACGCAAUUACCGAAGAACUACAAGAAGUUGAAGAAAUCACAGAAGACGUAAUUCUUACGAAACCCGAAAAGUCCAAAGGCAAAAAGAAGGUAAUUCCGAAGGAAAAUCUGGAAACAACAGAAGUUGUUCCAGGAGAAACUUUAGACCAACUACCAUCGGAAGAAAUACCGUCCGAGGAGCAAGCAAAACCAAUUGUCGAAGAAGAGGAAGAUAAGGUGAUUAUGACCGAAACACCAACAGAGAAAGCACCAAAGAAAAAGAAGAAGAAAGUUACAACAGAAACUCCCGAAGAGGUGAAAACUGAUGUUCAAAAGGAAGAUGAAGUUACUCCUGCAGAAAUUCCUGAAGUUCCUGAAGAAAAGCCAGAAGAGAAAGUUCCUGAAGAAGUUCUUGAACAGGAAAUCGAAACCGUUCCUGAGGAACAACCAACGGAGGAAGUUCCAGAAAAGAAGUUGAAGAAGAAAAAGAAGAAACCUGCAAAGAAGGAUGACAUUUACGAUUGGGUUGAACCAGAGUACGAAAGACCCGUCUUGGAACCAAUGCCAGAGAAAAUUGAAUUUACACCAAGUAAGAAAAAGAAGCUUCCAAAGCCUGUUCCCGAAACUGCGCAAGAGAUGACUCCUAUGAAAAUUGAACGAAAAGAAAUCAAACCAACCAAAUUGAUCUACUCUCAACCAACAGAAGUUAUACAAUUUGCAGAAAUAAAACUAAAGAAGGCACCCGCACCAAAACGAAGAGAAUCAAAAAGCUCAAAAAUACCCAAAUUUCUCCUAAAGAGUCGCAUUACAUUCAUUGAUGAUUUCCCCUCCAAACUUCAACUACCAAAAAUCACAAUUCUCGAAGAAAAUCCUAUUCAAGCUGGAGAACUAUCAAGAAAUGCAGAAGAAGCUCUAGAAGUUCUGAAGAAGAAAUUCAAGAAGCCGAAAUUACCAAAGAAGCAAAUUACCGAGUUAGAAAAAUUAGAUCAAGAAUUCGAGGAAUUGAAAAAGGUUCCUCUUGAACAGAUUGAGGACAAAUCGAUUUACGAACGUCAACCUAAGAAACCCAAGGAGGAAGAGAAGCCCAAGGAAAAAAUAAAAAUAGGCAAAGGUAAAGUUCCGGAGAAGGAGGAAGAGCAACCGGAAGAUGUGAAAUUGAAAAAGGUUCCAGAGAAGGUGCCCGAAGAAGAGGAAACUGUUCCCAAAAAACCGAAAACUACAGUUCCUGAGGAAGAUGUUCCAAAGAAGAAGAAAUCGGAGAAGAAGCCAAAACUAAAACCGGAGGACUUCCAGCCAACCGAUUUUGAGAGGCCAGAACUCGAAAAAUACGUUCCUCCUGAAGAAGAAACACCCGAGAAGCCAGAAGAAGAAAAAGUUCCCCAACCUUACGAAAAACCAAAGAAAAAGAAACCUGAACCAGAAUUGGAGCAAGUUCCUAUCGAAAAGGGUAUACCUAAACCUCAAGAACCGGAAGAACAACCGGAUGUGAAAUUCCGAAUUCCUAUUGGUAAGAAACCGGAAGAAGUUCCUGACGAAAUUACGUUGAAGCCAUGGAAGAAAGAUAAGCCAGAAGAAGAAAAGGUGCCCGAAGUAGAAGCGGAUCUUAAAUUCAAACCUGAAGACAAACAACCUGAGGAAGAAGUCGAAGAAGAGGUAACUAAGCCCAAAACAAAGAAGAAGGUACCAAAAGAAAAGAAAGUCAAACCAAAGGAAGAUAUUGAAAAAGAGGCGCCAGAAACUGAAGAGUCACCUGUAGUAAUUCCAAAGGUUGAUGAAGUUCCCAAGGUUGACGAAGUUCCAAAAGUUGAAGAAAUUCCAAAGAUUGUUCCAGAAGUUACAGAAGCUCCAGAGGAAGAAGUUCCCAAAAUUGAAGAAAGUCCAAAACCGGCUGAUUUGGAAGAAAUAAAGACAACUGAGGAAAUAACCGAAACAAAGAUAGUGAAGAAAAAGAAAAAGAAGCCAGCACCAAAGAAAGAUGACAUCGACGAGUGGGUUGAACCAGAAUAUGAAAGACCCGUCCUAGAAGCUAUGCCAGAGAAAGUUCCAUUUGUACCCAGUAAAAAGAAGAAGGAAGACAAACCAGUUCCACUAGUUGCCGAAAAGUUACAACCACUUAAAAUCGAACGAAAGGAAGUAAAACCUACCAAAUUGGUUUACUCUCAACCAACAGAAGUUGUUCAAUUUGCUGAAAUAAAACUAAAGAAGGCACCCGCACCAAAACGAAGAGAAUCAAAAAGCUCAAAAGUACCCAAAUUUCUCCUCAAGAGUCGCAUUACAAUCAUUGAUGAUUUCCCCUCCAAACUUCAACUACCAAAAAUCACAAUUCUCGAAGAAAAUCCUAUUCAAGCUGGAGAACUAUCAAGAAACACAGAGGAAGCCCUGAAGGUUUUGAAGAAGAAGUACAAAAAACCGAAAUUACCCGAGAAAGAAAUUACCGAACUGGAAAAAUUAGAUCAAGAAUUCGAAGAAUUGAAGAAGGUACCCUUGGAGAAAAUUGAAGAUAAAUCGAUUUACGAACGUCAACCUAAGAAACCCAAGGAGGAAGAGAAGCCCAAGGAAAAAAUAAAAAUAGGCAAAGGUAAAGUUCCGGAGAAGGAGGAAGAGCAACCGCAAGAUGUGAAAUUAAAGAAGAUCCCGGAUAAGGUACCUGAGGAAGAAGAAGUUACUCUAAAGAAACCAAAACCUGAAGUUCCUGAGGAAGAUGUCCCUAAGAAGAAAAAAUCAGAAAAAGUACCUAAACUCGAACCGGAGGAUUUCAAACCAACAGAUUUUGAGAGACCCGAACUUGAACAGUACGUACCACCAGAAGAGGAGAAACCAGAAAAACCGGAAGAAGAAAAAGUCCCCAAACCGUACAAGCGGCCUAAGAAAGAAAAACCAGAGCAAGAAAUCGAGAAAGUUCCAAUUGAAAAAGGAAAACCAAAACCUGAGGAGCCUGAAGAACAACCAGAUGUUAAAUUCCGAAUUCCCACCUCUGAGAAACCGGAAGAACAACCUGAGACUGUUACUCUUAAGGGAUGGAAGAAGGAUAAACCAGAAGAAGAAGGUACAGAUUAUUUCCCUAAAGAAUCCGAAGUUGUUGAGAAAGAAAUUGAGGAAACAGAGGAAGUGACAGUUACCCGCAAACUCAAGAAGAAGAAACCGAAGGAAAAGCCUGAAGAAGUUACAGAAGUAACAGUAGUGAAGAAACAUCCAACCGAAGAGGAAGUAACGGAGGAAAUAAUCGAAGAGGAGGUGACAGUAAAGAGAAAGCCAAAGAAAACUAAACCCACAGAAGAAACCGAAGAGGUUCUUAUAAAGCCUCUUCCAGAAGAAGAAAAAGAAAAACCGGAAGAAGUUUCCGAGGAUGUUAAAUUAGAACUAAAACCUAAACCAAAACCAGUAAUAGAAGAAGCUCCGGACGAAAUUACAAUCAAACAACCAGUUGUUGAAGAAGAGGAAGUAAUCGAAGAAGAAAUUAUCGAAGAAGUUAAAAUAAAGAAGAAGCCAAAGAAAAAGAAGCCUGAGGAAGUAACUGAAGAUGUCACCGAAGAAAUAGUCAUCAAGAAACCUUUACCUGAAAAAGAAGAAAAACCAGAAGAGGUCACUGAAGAUGUUAAAUUAGAACUUAAACCAAAACCAAAACCUGUAAUAGAAGAAGCUCCGGACGAAAUAACAAUCAAACAACCAAUUGUUGAAGAAAAGGAAGUAAUCGAGGAAGAAAUUAUCGAAGAAGUUAAAAUAAAGAAGAAGCCAAAGAAAAAGAAGCCUGAGGAAGUGAAAGAAGAUGUCACUGAAGAAAUAGUUAUCAAGAAACCCUCCCCGGAGAAAGUACCAGAAAAGACAGAAGAAGUUACGGAAGAUGUCAAAUUGGAACUAAAACCAAAACCGAAACCAGUAACUGAAGAAGCUCCGGAUGAAAUUACAAUCAAGAAGCCAAUUGUGGAAGAUAAGGAAAUAAUCGAAGAAGAAGUUAUCGAAGAAGUGAAAAUAAAGAAGAAACCUAAGAAAAAGAAGCCUGAGGAAGUAACCGAAGAUGUUACUGAAGAAAUAGUCAUCAAGAAACCUUCACCUGAAAAAGAAGAAAAACCAGAAGAGGUCACUGAAGAUGUUAAAUUAGAACUGAAACCAAAACCAAAACCAGUAAUAGAUGAAGCUCCGGACGAAUUAACAAUCAAAAAGCCAAUUGUGGAAGAAAAGGAAGUAAUCAAAGAAGAAGUUAUCGAAGAAGUGAAAAUAAAGAAGAAACCCAAGAAGAAACCUGAAGAAGUAACAGAAGAUGUCACUGAAGAAAUAGUUAUCAAGAAACCCUCGCCGGAGAAAGUACCAGAAAAGCCAGAAGAAGUUACGGAAGAUGUCAAAUUGGAACUAAAACCAAAGCCGAAACCGGUCAUUGAUGAAGGAGCUGAAGAGUUGACAAUCAAGAAACCUGUCGUCGAAGAGACAGAAGUAAUUGAGGAGGAAAUUGUCGAGGAAGUUAAAAUAAAGAAAAAACCAAAGAAAAAGAAGCCAGAAGAAGUAACCGAAGAUGUCACUGAGGAAAUAACAAUCAAGAAACCCUUACCAGAAAAAGUUGAAGAAAAACCAGAAGAGGUGACAGAAGACGUUAAACUAGAAUUGAAACCAAAACCGAAACCAACGGUCGAUGAAGGAGCUGAAGAGUUGACAAUCAAGAAACCUGUCGUCGAAGAGACAGAAGUAAUUGAGGAGGAAAUUGUUGAGGAAGUGAAAAUAAAGAAAAAACCAAAGAAGAAGCCGGAGGAUGUGACCGAAGAUGUUACAGAGGAAAUAACUAUCAAGAAACCCGCACCAGAAAAAGUUGAAGAAAAACCAGAGGAGGUCACAGAGGAUGUUAAACUUGAAUUAAGGCCAAAACCAAAACCAACUGUCGAUGAAGGAGCUGAAGAGUUGACAAUAAAGAAACCAAUAAUUGAAGAGAAAGAAGUAGUUGAAGAAACAGUGGUGGAAGAAGUUACAUUAAAGAAGAAACCAAAGAAACCUAAACCAGAAGAGAAGACUGAAGAAGUCACUGAAGAAAUUACUUUCAAGAAGCCAAAACCAGAAGAAGAAGAAGAGAAACCGGAAGAAGUCUCUGAAGAAGUGAAACUCAAGAAAAAGCCUAAACCAAAACCAACUGUUGAUGAAGCUGCUGAAGAAUUAACAAUUAAAAAACCGGUUAUUGAAGAAAAACCAGAAGAAGAAGUGGUAGAGGAAGUAACAUUAAAGAAAAAGCCAAAGAAACCUAAAGUAGAAGAGAAAACGGAAGAAGUUUCUGAAGAAAUCACUUUCAAGAAGCCCAAACCAGAAGAAAAAGAAGAAGAACGACCGGAAGAAGUUUCUGAAGAAGUGAAACUAAAAAAGAAACCAAAACCGAAACCAACAGUUGAUGAAGCUGCAGAAGAAUUAACAAUAAAGAAACCAGUAAUAGAAGAAAAAGAAGAAAAACCAGAAGAAGAAGUGGUACAAGAAGUUACAUUAAAGAAAAAGCCAAAGAAACCCAAAGAAGAAGAGAAGACAGAAGAAGUUACUGAAGAAAUAACCUUCAAAAAGCCUAAACCAGAAGAAGAAAAAGUAGAAAAACCGGAAGAAGUUUCCGCAGAAGUGGAACUGAAAAAGAAACCAAAGCCGAAACCAACUGUUGAUGAAGCUGCUGAAGAACUAACAAUCAAGAAACCGGUUAUUGAAGAAAAACCAGAAGAGGAAGUGGUACAAGAGGUUACAUUGAAGAAGAAACCCAAGAAACCUAAACCAGAAGAAAAGACUGAGGAUGUAACAGAGGAAGUUACCUUCAAAAAGCCUAAGCCAGAAGAAGAAAAAGAACAAAAACCGGAAGAAGUUUCCGAAGAAGUUAAACUAAAGAAGAAACCAAAGCCAAAACCAACAGUUGAUGAAGCAGCCGAAGAACUAACAAUAAAGAAACCAGUAAUUGAAGAAAAAACAGAAGAGGAAGUGGUACAAGAAGUUACAUUAAAGAAAAAACCCAAGAAACCUAAACCAGAAGAAAAGACUGAGGAUGUAACAGAGGAAGUUACCUUCAAAAAGCCUAAACCAAAAGAAAAAGAAGAAAAACCAGAAGAAGUUUCUGCAGAAGUGGAACUCAAGAAGAAACCAAAACCUAAACCCACUGUUGAUGAAGCUGCCGAAGAAUUGACAAUCAAGAAAAUUGUCGACGUCACUGAAGAACAAGAAACUGUCGGCGAAUUUACCUUCAAACGCAAAUCCCCACCAAAAACAGCUCCCAAACCAAUUGAAGAAAUAUACGAAGACGUCACAAUUCGUAAACUCAGACCAAAGAAAAAGCCACGUACCGACAUUAAAGAAGUCACCGAAACAGAAACUGUCACCUUCAGACCGCGAACAACAAAAAGAAAAGAAGAUGUCGAGCAAGAAUUCAAGAUCUCAUUGAACACCUACGAGGAGGAAGAUAUUUCCAUGUCCGGUAAAGUGCGACUCAAACCAAAGAGACGUCCUCAAACAUACUCCGAGGAAGCUGGCGAGGAAACAAUUCGUAUAAUUCAAGAAUUUGACGACGACACUGGUCCAAUAAUCGAAGAAAUCAUCGACGAAUCCGAUAAAGAGGAAUACAGUAUUGAUGAAUUGGAAACAGACGAGAUGAAUCUACCAUUAAGACGUAAGAAGAAACAACAACCGAAACCCUAUUCAAUUGAAGAAAUAGAAGAAGACGAUGUGAAAAUGACAUUAAAACGUGAGAGGAAAUAUUCAAUAGAAGAGGCUGAUGAAUCAUUAGCUUUGAAAUUAAAAUCAAAACGACGUCCUUCAACAUUCGAUGAAGAAGAAGCUACUCUCAGCAUCACCAGGGAAGAAGAUAUUGUGGAAGAAGUUACAGAGAUCGAAUAUGUGGUUAAAGACGGGGACACGCUGUUUUCGAUUUGUUCAUACGUGGCGGAAACAGAUGAAGCUAUUAAUUUAGUUGAAGGAGAACGUGUUUAUUUGAUUGAACAUACAAACACCGAUUGGUGGUUCGUCAAAAAACACUUGACGCAAGAAAAGGGUUGGGUACCAGCUCAAUACUUGCUUGAUGAAGCUAACUAUACACUCUACGUUCAACGGAAACUAAACGAGAAGAUUGAUAAACUUCCAGUAUUUGAAAAACCAGCUCCAGGGGAGAAGGCUUCUGCUCCACGCUUCAUUGAGAAAUUGCAACCAAUUCACACACCCGACGGCUAUACUGUACAAUUUGAAUGUCAAGUAGAAGGUUCGCCUAGACCACAAAUAACCUGGUUCCGUCAAACAGCAAUCAUCAAACCAUCGCAGGACUUCCAAAUGUUCUACGACGAAGAUAAUGUUGCAACUCUCAUCAUCAGAGAAGUUUUCCCGGAAGAUGCAGGAAUGUUUACCUGUGUUGCUAAAAAUACAGCUGGAUUUGCUUCAAGUACAACGGAACUAACUGUUGAUGCUCCACUAUCCGAUCACGGUUCCGAUGGCACUGGACUUUCUCGAAAGAGUUUAUCAAGAGAAUCAUCUCUCGCUGAUAUCCUGGAGGGAAUUCCACCUACAUUCUCAAGAAAACCAAAGGCAAAAUGCGUUGACGAAGGACAGAAUGUAAUUCUCGAUUGUCGUCUGGUAGCAGUACCAGAACCGGAAAUAACAUGGUAUUACGAAGAGAAACGAAUUACCAGCAAGGAGAAUACAGUGGUUGUUACUGAGAGUGACAUGCACAUGUACUGCAGUGUCAUGAAGAUCACCAAGGUUCGAAAGAAUCAAGAAGGUCGUUACAAGAUCGUUGCCAAGAAUAGAGAAGGUGAAGCUACCAUCGAAAUCCCUCUAAAGGUGAUGACCGGCGAACAAGAACCACCCGAAAUUUUAGAACCACUGAAACCAUUUGCCAUCAGAGAAGGCGAAACUGUUGUUCUAACAACACAAAUUGUCGGAAAACCAACUCCAAAGAUCAAAUGGUUGAAAGAUGGAAAACCAUUGAAGGGUGUCACUCCAAAACAAGAUGGCGACAUGAAUUCUCUAACUUUAAUUCAACCUACAUUGUCUGAUUCUGGAGAAUAUUCAGUUGUAGCAACCAAUGAUCUUGGAACAGCAGAAACUCGAGCUAAUCUCACAGUUGAAGAAAUGCCGAGUGGUGCACCGGAACCACCAUUAUUCACCGAACGCUUCCAGGAAGUUACGGUUCCGGAAAAGGGUACCUUCAAAUUAGUGGCCAAAGUCACCGGAAAUCCAGUUCCCAUGGUGUCGUGGUUAAGGAACAACAAACCAUUGGAGAAAUCACCAAACAUCACGGAAAGCUACGAUGGAGAGAAUAUUGCUUUGGAAAUAAAAAAUGCCGAUUCGGAAGUUGAUUCAGGUGAUUAUAAAUGCGUGGCUGUUAAUCCAGUUGGAAAAGCAUCUCACGGAGCAAAGGUGACUGUGGAUGUUGAUAAAGUGACAUUCACCAAGAAAUUGGAAAAGAAGAUCACUGUGGUUGAAUAUAAACCACUGGAAUUAACAUGCGAAACAUCACACACGGUCUCAACAACUUGGUGGCAUAAUGACAAGGAAAUCAGCGGCAUGGAUCAUCGUGAAAUCAUUCAAGAAGGUCGCACUCAUAGAUUAGUCAUCAAAAAAUCAAGUCCACCUGAUGAAGGAACUUAUAAGUGCACGGUGAAGAAUCAAAAGACAACUUGUGAUGUUACCGUAAAAGCCACGAAACCAGAGUUUGUGAAAAAAUUACAAGACUCGGAAGUCAAGGAACGGGAGGUUGCAAUUCUAGAGGUGGAAAUUACAUCACAAACUGCGGAAGUGUCCUGGCGUAAGGAUGGAGUUCCCCUAAAACCAACCGAGGAGAAGAUUGAAUUUGUCAAGGAGGGUACAGUUCGUAAAUUACUUAUUCGAAGCACAUCCGUACAUGACGAGGGUGAAUACACUUGUGCUCUCGUCGAUGAAGAAUGUUCAGCAGAAGUUACCGUUGUCGAACUACCUCCGGAGAUUAUUAACAAAAUGCAAGAUGUGAGAAUAGCCAAGGGAGAGAAGGCCACUUUCGAGAUUGAACUCACGAAAGGCGACGCUCUCGUCAAAUGGUUUAAGGACGGUGAGGAACUCAAAUUUUCCGAACAUGUUCAACUCUCCAUCGAUGGCAAGAGGCAGAAACUUAAAAUAUACAAUUCUGAACUCGAGGACGCUGGUGUAUAUUCUUGUGAAGUCGGUAAACAAACAUCAUCUGCUAAAUUGAUUGUUGAAGAACCGCAAGUGGACUUCAUUACGAGAUUGCCAGACGUGACUUUAGUGCCUUUGAACACUGACGCUAUCUUUACGGUCGAACUUUCAAGACCAGAUGUUCCUGUGAAGUGGUUCAAGAAAGGAAAAGAAAUUCAAGAAUCUCCCAAGUACAUUAUCGUCGAUGAAGGUCCCGUUAAGAAACUCAUCGUCAAGAAAUGUACAAUUGAAGAUGCAUACGAGUACAGCGUAGUUGCAAUGAAUGUGAAAUCGUCUUCAAAAUUGAAGGUUGAAAUAAUUGAAACACCACCGAAGAUCACCGAUUGUCCAAAAGUCUACAAAGUGAAGAAGGGCGAAGACGUGGAUAUAAAUGUUAAAUUCUCAGGAUCGCCAAUGCCAACAGACGAAUGGACUGUUAAUGGAAGAGUCGUAACGAAAACCAAACGAAUUAUUCCCAAUAUUCAAGAAGAAUCGGCAACUUUGACUAUAAAGAAAAUUGAAGAAAAAGACAUCGGCGAUUAUACAUUGAAACUUGUCAAUUCUCACGGUGAAGCUGAAGCUGACAUUAAAGUCGUCAUUGUCCAAGUACCAAGUCCACCUGGAAGACCAGAACCAUCAGAGGUCACAGACGAUUCAGUGACUCUUCACUGGAAAGAACCAGAAUCAGACGGAAAUUCGCCGAUUAUUGAGUACAUCUUGGAGUAUCAUGAUCGAGAAGAGAUUUCCUGGACGAGUGUUACGGAAAAGAUUACCGAAACAUCCCAGAAGGUGACACAAUUGACGACCAACAAGGAAUAUACAUUCCGAGUGAAAGCAGUGAAUGAAGUGGGUCCUAGUGAAAAUUCACCAAACUCUGAAUUUAUAAAGGUCACAAGACCAACGGCUGCCGAAUCACCAACGAUUUUGGAACCACUAAAGAGUAUCGUUACUGGACUCAAGAAGACCGUCUCGCUUUCCUGUGUCAUCGGAGGAACUCCAAUUCCACAAGUCUCAUGGUUCAAAGACAGCAGUCCAUUCAAGAACAGAAACAUCACGUAUGAAAAUCGGGUGGCGAAAUACUCAAUUGAAGAAACUACAGAGACAUCAUCAGCAACGUUCACUGUGAAGGCGGAGAAUGAAGCCGGCACAGCGGAAACAACUUGUGAAUUAAAGAUCCAAGAGCCACCGACAAUAACAGUGGAUGAGGCUCUCGUUUCACAGAGAAUCAACGCUCAAGGUCAAUGGAAAAUUGAAGCCAACUCGACCGGCUUCCCUAAACCAGAGAUCAGAUGGACGAAGAACAAGAAGACAAUUGAAGAUAAACGAGUUUCGAUUUACACCGAAGAGACAUCAUCAACAAUUGCCAUCUACUCAUUGACGAGAGAAGAUUCUGGAACUUACACUGUCACAGCUGAGAAUAAGGCUGGCAGUGCUUGGGUUGAGAUCAAUCUUAAAGUCAUUGAUAAACCAGGAAAGCCUCAGGGACCAAUUGUCGUGAAACAGAUUCAACCGGAUCGAGUCACGAUUGAUUGGAAACCACCCACAGACACAGGAGGACUUGAUCUCAAUCAUUACACGAUAGAGAAAUGCGAUCCGAAUAAAAAGGUUUGGAUGAAAAUUGCUGACGUUGAUCCGGAGUCGACGAGCUAUUGUGUUGAAAAAUUGCAACCAGAAACGGAUUAUCUAUUUAGAAUUAUCGCGAGAAAUGAUGUUGGCUCGUCAGAACCUUUGGAAUCCGAAACUGUGAAAUUAACAUCAUCAUUAGAAAAACCUGGAGCGCCAAGGGGACCGUUGGAAAUUUCUGGAAUGACGAAAACAUCAUUCACGAUAGCAUGGCAACCACCGGAAUAUGAUGGAGGAACACCAAUUAUCGAAUACAUCGUUGAAAUGAAAGAAACUUCGAAAACAACUUGGAAGAAGAUUGGCAAUUCACGGGAAGGAAUCACACACUACAGUUUAUCUGACUUAAAAACAGAUGUUUCCUACGAUUUCCGAAUAUCAGCUAAAAAUAAAAUUGGUACAGGACCACCGUACGUGUCCGAAGAACCAAUUGUUGCCGGAAAACGUCUAACACCUCCAUCCUGUCCGCUUAAUGUGAGCGUGACAAAUGUCACCAGUAAGAGUGUCACUUUAAAUUGGUCUCCACCGGCAAGCACAGGAGGAGUCGAUCUAACAGGUUACGUGAUAGAAAAACGACCACUAGCCGGUAAAGGUGCCAAAUGGACCAAAGUUGCAACAUUGGAUGCUGCAAAUAAUUCCUAUUGUGUGGAAAAUCUCAAAGAAAGUGAAUUCCUCUUUAGGAUAUAUGCUGAGAACAGCAUUGGUCUAAGUCCACCAGCAACCUCUGAACCAGUCACAUUACAAACUCAUGCAUCCGUACCAUCACCACCAACGGCACCAUUGGAGAUAAGGCAAAUCGCUGGAAAUACAAUAGCUAUUGAAUGGGGUCGUCCCGAAUCCGAUGGUGGAGCACCAUUGGAAGCCUAUAAGAUCGCAGUUCGAGACGUGAAGAAAACAAUGUGGAUGGAAGUUGGCCGUGUUAAGGCUGACAUUCAAAAACUCACAAUCAGAGAUCUUCAAGAAAAACACGAAUAUCUCUUUAGAAUAUUUGCAAAGAACGAAGUCGGUUUCAGUGAACCAUUGGAAUCCGAUGAACCAAUUAAAAUCGUUCCUGCUAAUGAAUUAACUGUGAUUGAACCAGUUGCCGAAGCUCCAGAUCGAGGAGAAACAACAUCUUUAAGUUUCAGCACAGAGAAUACAAGUUCCUGGCUCCGCGAUCACAAUAUGGAUGCGGAUAUUCAUUCUUAUGCGAGAGCGAGGCUGUUGAGAAAGGACGAGUAUUUCUUCAAAAUUUGGCAUUAUGCCAAAAAACUUUUUGAAUAAGCAUUUUUUUUUUUUAUUACUAUUCCGGACGACCUCAAACUCGUUCUUUCUCUUCCUAAAACAUUUUUUUUAUUUCUUCUAUACAAAUAAAAAAAUACAAACGAUGAGACUAAUAUAAAAUAUAUCGUGAAAUCGAAAUAUUUUCACGAUUUAUUCUUUAUUCCUUUUUAUAGAAAUCAAAUAAUAGAAAUUAUAAUAUAUAUAUAACGACUAGAUCCAUAUAAAAUAUAUUAAAUUAUUAUAGCAUGUAUGUGGGGGUACGAGUGUAUAAUAUUCUCUUGUACCAUUGAGUGUAGAAUCUAGUCAAAGCGAAAGAAAGUUGUCAUUUAUUUAUUUAUUUAUAUUUUGUCGCAUGAACGGACCAAAAGUAAAUAAAAAAUUAUCGAAUCGUCGUCUACAAAAAGGAAAACUUUUUCAAAGAACUUAUUGGAAAAGUGUUAUCAAACUUUUUCGAUAAAUGCAAUAAAAACCCCAUUGAGACGUUGUAGAGAGAUAUAAAUAUAUUUAAAUGUAUAAUAAAAAAACAUAUAUAUCUCAAAGAAAAUGGAGUUCGGUGCGACUAUUUUUUAUGUGAAAUGAAAUAUAAUUAUUAUAUUGAUAUAUAAAUAUUUGAGGAGAAAUUGUAGAAUUUAAUAAUUAUAUUAAAUGAAAGGAGAAAAAAAAUGUGAUAGCCGAACGUCCGUUAAAGAAAGUUUGUUAAAUAUGUAUAAGAAAAGAUAUUUCAACCCUGUUGUGUAUUUAUAUAUUGCUUGCCGAAAAAAACAAACGAGAUUAUUAUUAUUAUUAUAUUAACGAUAUAAUUAUUUGUUUUAAUUAAUUUUAAAUUUAAUCAUACAUUUUAAUUUAUUUCCUUCCGAUAUUUAAUUUAAUUUAUUAAUUACUGACAAUGUCUGUGAAUCCAAAAUAUAUAGAGAAAUGCCACGCAGCGUUGGUAUUACCUCGAGACGUAAAAAUAUAGGUGCAAAUUAACAUCAUUUAUUCACCAACUCUGUGUCGCAUACUCGUUACUUUUUAUUGUAAUAAUUUAUUAGUUAAGGAAAAUUAAAUUAUUAUGAAUGAA